GUUGUGGUUUCCUCUGUGAAACUAACUGUAAAAGGACCAAAGACACUAAAUAGUGUUGAGUUAUACAGAUUACGGCAAUGACUGAAGAUCAGCAAAUGUCUUGGGUUCUGAGAGUUGGUGAGCAGUCGCUUCUGCAAACAGUUUUAGGUGGCACAGUGGAAAGUCCGUAUUGCAAAUGGUUUUGGUUGUGCGUUGCAGUUUGUGCUGGUACUCUGGAUAGAGAGCAAUGAAUUUUGUGUUCUGUGUUGUGACAGACAAUGAGAACCUUUUGUUGCGAGGUGUGCACAGGGGACACUGAGCGAAGACCUGUGAAUAGCUGAUAAUGCGUUACAUUAUCGCAGAUCUUGAGAGGCAAUGAAGGCUUAGGCUUUUGAAGGGGAAACCAAUAAUUACAAAGAGUCAGUGAGAGUUGGUCGGUUAUUGAGGGACACUCAUUGAGUAGCUAAUGAUGUAAAAAUGUCAAUGGCCACUCAGUGUUGAAUGGUAGUGGUCGCUAAAGUUUAGUUUUUUUCUAUUCCAAACAAAACUUCUAUCUUAUGCUACCUGCAUUUAUCAAAAUAAGCUGAUGUUCUUACGCUGUAACCGUUACACCAAGUUUAAAGUAUUAGCAAAGGUUCCAUGCUCCACUUUUAUUGUAACACCAACACCCACUGUCACCGUCUCUCUGAUUCAUUUUGAGAGACACCUUGAAAUGUUUUGAGGACACUCGCAGAAUUACAAACCAUGGUUUUUCAUCAGAAAAUCCGUGAUGUAACUGAGUAUUGAGUAAUAGUGGUUGAAUUGUUGAGCUUUUAGAUAGAUUCACUUCUAUACUGUGACAUGAACCAAUGUAUUUAUGAUUUCAGCGGAGGCCCGCAUGUUGAUGGUCACUUGGAUGAAUAUGUGCUGUUAGGGAAGCUCAGAAAGUGAGUGUACUAUAGAAGGCUGUGUUAAAACGGAGGCCACCUGAAGAUUAAUGAUGGACUCUGAUAAUCAUGAAAAUAGCAAUCAUUCACCAGAGGAUACGGAACAAGAGGUACAGUAUGUUUUUGACAUAUUUCUUACUUUAAAUCGUUAUUCUAAAUAAAAAUAAAAAUGUUUCAAUAAAUAAUUCUGGAGAACAAAUCCUGGGCAAUAAAGUGAUAUAGAAAAUGAUGGGUGAGACAUUAGGGAUGAAUGAGAUGUGGGGAUUGUAUUACUGUUUUUGAUAUUAUUUUAUUUGACCAUGAUGAUUUAUAUAUAAUUAUCCCCUGUUUUUAUUUAGUUUUAUUUGUGAUUGUUUCCUAAUGUUGCAGGCCUUUUAAAUUUACAUUUUGUAUCAAUCAGCAGAACAAGAGUUAUGUGUACUUUUCUACAUCCUCCUGCAGAUGGCAGUAGAGAAUACUAAAAUUUUAUCUACCACAGUGACAGUGACAGUAAAUAGUUACUCCUAUUGUUUAAGCAUUGGAUGAAUCUGCCACUUUCCGUAAAACAGGCUAAUAUAUUUAUAUUAAAGGGACAGUCUAGCUUGCUGAAAUCCUUUAUGUGUGGAGAGAGUGUCCUCUUUUUUUUUUUUUUUUAUACAAAAAGGGCAAAUUUCAAUAAAAUUUGGCACAUUAAAAAGGAACCUUCUUACACAAACUGGCUGCCAAUCAGACGGUCAGUCCUGCUACUUCCUGGUCUGGUUAGCUCAGUGAAGCUAAACUUAAAAGACAAGCAAUUGUACAGAGCGCCUUUCAAAGACUUCUCAUUGAGCUGCAUUGGGAAGUCUGUGAUUGGACAGCCACAGAAAGUCUGGGCGGUGAGAAGGGGAGGGUUUGCAAAGACUGCAGACAAGAUAUUUGCAGCUUUUGCAAGCUGUUUUUAGAUAUAACCACAAUGACAAAAAUACAAAAGAAAUAUAUAUAGGCAAGUUUGAGGGUAUGUCUAUUAUAGUGAUUUUUUUUCAUUUUAUUUGUAUCUGGGCAAUGGAGUGUCUCUUUAAAUUUCCCUAUAUGCUUCAGAAACUACAAUAAUUUGACUUAAGUAAUUUUAGUUUGAAAAAAUACAUUUGCCGUCCCUUCCUAUUCAAUCUUCCUCUUUCUCUCCCACUCUCUUACUUCACUCCUGUCCCACAUCUCUUCCUCUGUUUAAUUUAUUCUUUCACAUUUGAUGUUGCCACAUCCAGCCUGGUUCCUCUAUUGCACCAAAUAAUCAUCCCACUCUCAUUUUGUUCACCGUCAUUCUUCUGUUACAUGUGUUUUACUGAUCAUACCUCAACCUGUAAGUUUUGAUUCUAAAGCAAAAUAUUGUUUGUAAAAUGUUUUUUAUAGUGUUUUUAGUAUGUAGUAGUCAGACAGUUAUAUCCUAGGAGCUAAAUUAAUUACUCAAGAGAUAGGAAGGAGGGAAUACAUUAUCUGUCUUGGAGUAGUAAUUAUAUUAUUUAUUAGUUUAUCUAGUAAACAAUAGUACUAGGUCUCGGGUUGGUUUUUUAAGAUAACAGCAAAUUCGCUAAUUCUUUCCUCUCCACCUCUCUCUUCUCACAGUUUUGUUUCUCUCUUGUGCCUCUUUUCUGCAGUUUGAUAUCUCAGUAUUUUUGCUUUUUCCUCUUUCUCCAUCUACAGAUCUAAUCAUUUAACUUGUGUCAUGUCUCGCUGGCAUAUCCCUCCUAUGGUUUGCAUUUUUUUUAUACUGGUUGCUUGUUAUCUUAUCUCCAUGUCAUAUUCACAUGUCCUUUCUAUCUUCUACAGAUGGACUCAUUGGGGCCUCAUCGUAUUACCCGUCGAGAGGUAAGGAAUUAUUGCAGACUAGUCUCAACCUUUAUGCUGAAUUUCACUCUGAAAAUACAAUUUAUAGAAUUGCUGUGCAAAUGAUGGACCACUACAGAGUUAAUUAAGGAGGCUAUGUCACUGCGCAGGAUUUUUACUGUUAUGUUUAUUAAUCCAUUAAAUUUAAAGUUGCUCUAUCACCCAAAAAUAUUGUUUCCUUAUCUCUUCCUCUUUUGGAAUCUGUUCUUUUUUACUUGCUUUCUGAUCAAUUUCUCUUUAAAAAUAUUAGAAAAAGUACAGUUUUUCCUAUUCUUGAUGACAAGGCUGGACUGGCCUACCAGGAUACCGGCAAAUAAGUGCCCCAAGUCAUUCACUUACCUUUUGUGAGAUGGACCUUCCAAGGGUUCUUCAAUAGCUUCAGUAGAGCGGCGACCGGUCCAAGAUGGCGCCCACAUUCCUUGCCGCUCAGCACAUAAUGCAGAGUCUAGGUAUUCUAUGUCUAUGGUCAGUACAAUGUACUUAAAGUAGGGUCAUCACCAUGGAAAUCACUAGAACCAGCAGCCAAUAGUGACUCCUCCCCCUUUACAGUACAUUUUCGCACAACUUUUCAUAACACAACACUGGUAAAUCGUCCCCACUUUUUCUAUUAUUUUUUGUCAUUUGUAGUAUAAGCCCUAGUUGUGCCUGAACUAAAGUGGGUUGUGAAUGUAAUUUGCAAUUUACUUAAGUGUAAAAAAUAACAGAUCCAAAACUUUAAUUCAAGUUAUAGGUAGUUUUCAUUGUUUAAUGCCUGCACCCCGUGUGUUGUAUUUGAUCUAAAAAGAAAUACCCCUGAAGUAAAUUUCUUUCUUCUGAUGAUCACUGUUAUUAAAAUAUAUGACAGCCCAACUGCUUUAGGCAGGGAAUUAUCAGGGCCAGCCUUAGGCCUUUAGGUGCCCUGUGCAAAAAAUCUUCACUUCACACUAGACUGGAAGAAAGAAGAUUUCGUCUAAGGCAAAGGAAAGGUUUUUUUACUGUAAGAACAAUAAGGAUGUGUAAUUCUCUGCCUGAAGAAGUGGUUUUAUCAGAGUCCAUACAGAUGGGUUUUUAACCACACACACACACUCUCACGAACAGACGCAUACACACUAGUUAACAGACACACACAUUUACUGACAGACAGACACACACUCAGUGACAGACAUACAUACACACUCACUGACAGACAGACAUACACACUCACUUACAAAACAUACACUCUCACUGACAAACACACACUCACUAACAGACACCAAACAGACUCACUAACAGACACACACUAACAGGCACACAAACUAACACGCUCAGUAACAGACACACACAGUAACACACUCACUGACACACACACACUGACCCUCAGUAGCAGACACACACUCAAUAACAGACACACACAAACUAACACACAACUAACUCAGACAAUAACACACACACAAAAACUAACAUACUCACUGACACACUAGCAGACACACACUCAAUAACAAACACACAACUAACACACUCAGUAACAGACACACACACAGUAACAGACACUGACACAAAAAAAUGAACACACACACACUAACACACAUAUGAACACACACUCAUAUUUUUAUUUUUUAAUUUAAUCCCCAGCCUCCCUACCUUUGGGAGUGCUGAAGGGAUUCCCUGGGGUCCAGUGGUGCUGCUGGGCGGCCGGUCCUGCAGGCGGAGAGGGAGCACUGAUCCUCCUGUUCAGCUCCCUCGCGCGCUGCUUACUGAUGCAUCAGUGCGGUGCGCACGAGGGAGCUGGGCAGAGAGUGCUCAGGGGAGAAUGCUCCCUCGCGUGCCCGCCAUUUAAUGCCACUGCCAGCCUCAGGGGGCCCUGAGAUGGCCAGCUCUUGGGCCCCCCAGGAGAAGAGGCUGGCAAACUGGCGUACAUACCUGGUUGCAGGGCGGCCAGGCCCCCUGAUGGGCCAGGCCCGGUCGCAGCUGCGACCGCGGUGUGUACGCCAGUGCUCGAAAGUGAGCUAGUUAUGGUCUGCAGCCAACAAGUGCCAGACUGCCUCCCUGACAUUGCAGAGGGCAGACUAAGUAUUAUGUUCUGCUGUCACGUAAUACUGUAAGUUGUUUUGCUCUGGAGCUCUGGGUUUUCCUUAUUUACCUUGAACUCCGUAGAAUAGAAACAGUAAUGCAUUGUUUAUCCAUUUAUCACUGAGCUCCACAGCAAAAAAAAUACCCUCACAGUACGAUGUGGUGUGUACCAGUUUAUCACAGAACUCCACAACAAAAAAACUUACAGUAAUGCGCAGUGUGUGAGUGGCAGGCCCAUCUGUGUGUCUUUCUCCCCCCUCAUGUCCCUCUGUGUGUCACUCUCCCCUCCAUGUCCCUUAGAGGUCCGGCCAAUAUGCAUAUAUAUCGCACACACAGUCAAUACACCAAUUACAAAUAUCACACACUGCCUGGGGGUGAGAAAGCCACACAGAAGGGCUGGGGAUGAAAGAGAAACACAGAAGGGCCUGGUGGGGGAGGGGGAACAGAGGGGCUGGGGGUGAAUGAGACACAGAGGGGCUGGAAAAGAGGAAAAAGAGACACAGGGGAGCUGAAGGGAGACAGACGGGCUGGGGUGAAAGAGAAACACACAAGGGAGCUGGGAAGAGUAAAACACACAAAGGGGCUAGGGGGAGUAAGACACACAAAGGUUUUUUUAAGAGCUACACAAGGAAGGUGUAAGACACACAAUGGGGAAAAAGAGGGUGUAAGGCAUUAAAAAGAGGAAUUAAGAGGCACACAGGUGAAGAUGCUUUUUUUUGGCUCGUUAAGGGGGAGGGGGAAAGGGCACCAAAAUCAUCUUCACCAACCCUGGAUGCACACAGUCCCACAGUAAGAUGCACACAAUAUACACAUACACUGUCAAAUACAGUGAAAAUCACACAAUCCAAGGCACAUAGUCAAACACACAGUUACAGAGAGCCACACACACAUACAGUUACAGGCAGUCAGCCACACAGUUAUAGGCAGACAGUCACACACACAACACACACACACACACACACACAGUUACAGGCAGACAGUCACACACACAGUUAUAGGCAGACAGGCAAACACACAGUUACACACAGUUACAGACAGUUGCCUAUUUCAAUGAUAGGUACCAGCUGGGAGAUGGAGUGGGGCACUGCAGUCACCAUAACACCUAUUAGAGAAAAUAAGCCCCCAACAUUUCACACUUUGGCUUUAAACCCAUAGACAGGUUAAGCAGUACCUUUUAAAUGCAGCUCUGUUGAUAGUGUAACUUUGAUGUUGCCAAGAUUCACAUUUGGAAAUAUUUAUACUAUAUAUCACAUAAAUGUUUAAUGCAUUGUAAUAUAAAGCUAUCCUUAAGACAUCUACCUUUUAAAACUAUACAAUAUAUAAUUUCCCGUGUUUAGUAGUUGAGGAAGCAGGGACUCCAGCAGCAAUUGGGCAGCAAGUUCAGGCUGCAUUUAACUUCGCUGCCCAUUUAGCUCCACCCCCUUGAGUUCCAAUCAUGUUUUUUGAUAGGCCGUUUGAAGAAUUAUAAAAUCUUCCACCCGGGUGCCGAGCGGCCACACUACACGUAGCGAGACCUUUAUAGGAGUGCUCUGUGCAUUGGCCUGCUGCCAUGGCACCCUGUGCGACCGCACAGCACACACCCCUAAGGCCGACCCUGUGAAUUAUACAUUUAUUUUUCUUACGGUAAAGAACCCUUUCUGGGUAUUUAUGUGAAAUUUCCUUUCCCUACUCUAUAAGUAGGAAAACGUACACUCCCCGUGAAGAAUUCUCUCUGUUAACAUUAAAAAAAAAAAACAUUAACAUUGUUUUCCAGUAAUGUUAUUGUGACGGAAGCACCUGUGCCACUGGGUCUUGGAGAGGCUUGGAUGUCAGCCUCCUGCCGAUAGACUAUGGGCUCGGUCCCAAGAGCCCCUGAAAAGGCCUGAUGUCACUAUAGGGAAGGGUAUGGGGACCUGGAUGCUGAUUCUGUUUCCCAGCUAGAAUAGGAGAUCUCUGGGGAUUGUUUGGACUUGUCCUACACGUUGCGUGCCUGACCAGGAGAUACUCUGAAUCACUAUUUGAUGUGAUUGUUGUUUUAUUUAUUUUUUAAAAUUUUACAAUACAUUAGUUUUUUUUUUUGGAACAAUAGCAAAAACAAAUGUGAGAAAGGCUGACCUUGAUGGAUGCAUGCCUCUUUUCAGCUAUGAAACUAUGUUAUUGUGUAUAUUGUAUAUUCUAGAGAUAUGAUGCAUAGACAUUCACUUAGACAUUUACACACACUGUUACACAUGCACACACUACACACAUAUAUGCACACACCCCGUGGCGGCACUACCGCGGUCGCAGGGGUCGCAGCUGUGACCGGCCUGUCACUCCAGGGGGAGCCCGCAGACCAUUUAACACGGCUCUGGCCCGCGCAGUAUAAUUGGGUGGCCCAUGCUGUUAGGGCCACCUGAUAGCAAUGAAUUUCCAGGGGGCCCGGUCAACACUGCGGUGCUUCAACAGCGAGACCGGGCCCCCUUUGUUGAUGUCAGAACUGGGAGGAAGUGACAGCCCGAGUCACUUCCUCUCAGCAAUCACCGUGCCGCAUGGGAGGAGAAAGGAGAGGGAACUCUGACUCCCAUCAGCCUUUGCCACUGGACCCCAAGGAACGUCACCCUCCCGCACCUAAAAGGUAGGAAACAGGAGGGUGACACACUAUUUGUGUAUGUAUAAACAUGAAUUUUAACUAUUUAAUCAGUCAAGUUUUUCCGUAAGGGGGGUAUAGGAGGCACUUGAGAAUUCUGUACCUAGAGUCACCUGGAGCAAACCCCACUGGUUUCUUUCUUUCUAUUGUUUUAUAAUUUGCAUCCUUUCAUAAUAUUUACCAGCUGGUACUAACCUGUGUCUGCUCCAUCAUUCAGGCCCAGUACAGGAAAAAAGGAUCUGUGCGACCCUCACAGCCCCAGCCUGUUACAGAGACUAAUUCUGAACCCAAGCCAGUCUCUCCUUCCGUACAGGUGAGUUAAAUAUAAGUGAUACACAUACAGAGUAGGUAAAUAAGUGGAAAUGCAACUGGAUAAAAACAAUGUUGCCGCAUUUCACCUAACUUCUUAAAAUGUUUCUACAUUUUUCUUGGGAACUACAAUGAAAAAAAAAAUAACUUUAAAAUAUAUGUUAUCGUAUAAAUUAACAAAUGCCACUUUACAAAAUUGUGAGUGCCAUAGUACAUUAUUAUGAAAUGAGUUUUAUGUCCUAUUCCAUCUUCUGUUUUCCAUAUUGUUAUCAGUAAUCUCUUCCAUACCAGUGUUAAUUUUGGCGGCAAAUUCCAAUUUAGUUUUAGUCAUAGUCUUAUGACUAAAAUGCCAUUUUAGUUUUAGUCGUAUUUUAGUCAUUUGAAUUGUUUUAGUUUUGGUCUAGUUUUAGUCGACUAAAUCUCAAAGUUUUAGUCAACUAAAAUUAUUAGCCGACAAAAUGAACACUAUUCCAAACAUGAUUAUUUCCACUUGGCACCAUUUUUUGGAUAUUUAUUCAUGUAUUAAUACAGGGUUAUUCACUAAAUUUAGAAUUUCCAGAUAAGUAAAAGUGAAUUCAAAGUAAAUUUCAAAUUUGUGGUCAAAAUGGCUAAACUGGAAAAAUCUCCAAGUUAUGCUUCCAGUUUGGCCCUAAAUUUGAAAUUUACUUGUAAUUACAGACAAUAUUAAUUUUACUGAAUAAAUCUGUAAGAGUGGCUUUUGUUGUUCACUGGCUUGCCUUAUCUACUCAGCAUAACCUACUGUAUGGAGAAGCACUGUAUACAGUCCUACAUCGCAUGGGAUGUCCGGAGACUGACCAGAUAUCUGAUGCUGAUGAACUGUAUGACUAUUUACGGAAGGUGAGAAACACUUUGGUCACAUUUUGCAGCAUUGAUAAAUGGGGAAGAUAAACGAAUGUGUAAAAAUUCUCUAAGAAUUCUCUGAAAGACAUAUUUAAGUACUGGAUAAGUUUAAGAAAUGAUUUAACAUUUUUGGAUAAACUUUGAAAAUGUUUUAUUUUUUCUAAUCAUUAAAAUAUCAAAAAAAUAUAUUGUAUAUAUAAAAAUAUAUAUCAAUAUAUCGAAAUAUUUUUAAAAUAUUUUUAAAAGGAUAUCCAAAAAUACUAAAUCAUUUGAAAAAAUAGUAAAUCAAGGCCAUAUUUAAAAAAAUAAAUAAAUAUAACUGUUCAAAGAUCACUAAAAACUGAAAUGAUAUGUAUUUUCAAAUUACUAUUUUUUAUUUAUAUGUUCAUCAAUUACACAAAUGUGUGGCAUAGUAUUUAAAAAACACCAUACUUUUAUAGGAAUGUCUUGCGUAUUUGAUUAAUGACAGUCUUGAUGAUGACUCCUCCAUACUUCUCAACCAUGGGAGGCAUGAGAUUGGGACAAAUGGAUAGGGCUUGAGCGGGGCAUAAACGGUGGCACCAAAAAGGGUCGGGGCCAACCCACUAAAGCUCUCUGGAGGGUUCUGGUGCCAUUCACAGAGCACGCAUGUUUAAUGAUGCACUCAUGCUGUGCUACACCAAUUACAAUUUUGUGGUGUCUUUGUAUGCAGGACACUAGAGCAGACUGUCCUGCCAAAAUUGGGAUUGGUGGUAGGCCUGCCCCUCUUCCCCUAUAGAUAUGUGUAACAUUUAGGAGGGGGACAUAUAAUUCCUAGAGCUUAUCCUUCUACCUGCUGGGUGAUACUACAUGCUAAGUAUACUGUCAAAUGCUGUAUGCAAUCACUUUAGGCAUCUUUAUCUACAGGUUGAUCAGUUGUAGGUUUUCUUUGUAUUUCACAGACCUUCAACAUGGAGCCUGAUGAACAUCAAGCCAUUCUGGAACAUGUCAAAGGCCUUGCGGUAAGGGUUACAUGCAGGGCCCAGCUUUGUCAGCAGGCAAAGUAGGCAGCUGCCGACAAGCUCCUGUCUAUUAGGAACAUCUUGACUGAAAAUUUGUAAUAUCUCCUUUUUAGAUUUAUUUGGAUAAAGUUUUUUUCACUUUGCUACAUGGUAAUGAAAUUUUUUUUAUUUGUGGAGGGAGUGAGAGAUGUGCUUUCUAGCUUUCUUGCGUACCCUCCAAAUCAGAAAAAUAACAGAGAACUGGAGUUUUGGUGAGUACUAGUUGCACAUGAGAAUUCGACAGGCAUCUAAGUUGUAAAUUCAGCCAUGAUCACAUACAAGGACAGAAAGGGAAUCUACUUAUUGGGGACAUAAACUAUGAAAAACAGACAUUGUAUAAAAGAUUGUAAAUAAUUUGCGUUGCAAAGAUACAAAAUGUCAUCCUGUUUGAUUCUCACCUUUUCUAACCACCAGGUGAGCCAUACCACUUAUGUUGUGAGACUAUUUCAUUAAUUCAGUACCCUUUCUGUAAAAUAGCACUUCCUCAAAUAUUACCCAGCCUCCUCUCGCGCUCCCGUUUCAAAACAUUGCUUUUAAAAAAAUAAAAUAAAAAUUAUUCUUUAUUUUUGUUGUGGACAAUAGUAACAAGUAGCUCUGGUGCGCCGCAAUAGCAGGAUAGGUUGGAAAACAUUUGCAAUACAGGUUGUGACAUAUGUUAGUCAUGCACAUAUUUUAGGUUAUUAGGAUUAUUAUUUCAACAGUGUAGUUCUCGCUUGUGUAACUAUAAAACAUCAUUAAAACAAUACUGAGGCAUCGCUUGGAACAGUGCAAUAAAUGUUGUACCAAAAUGCUAAUUCAUAGCUCAGGCUAUUGCGGUUAGACUAUUUGGCUGCUGGGUAUGUGGUAACAUGCUAAUCUGCUGUACCUUAACUACAAGUGGACACAAAGGUGAUUAUAAAUCGCAGGUGAGAGCUUAGACUAUCUGGUCCUGAACUAAACAAAAAAUAACGAGAGGUAGUCUAUGUAAUACUUUACGGCAUCUCCGUGUAGCUAGGCUAUAUGAUUGGCCAGCAUUGGCCACGCUUAGUCUAUGCAGUGAUAGUUAUAUUUACAAGGUGUGGGUAGUCCAUAUGUCAAUGGUUGUUGCCGGCUGUGAACGUGCCCUCCAGAUGCAAGUGUGGCAUGUUCACUUGAGAGGCACAGAGGUAGGCUCUUCAGCCGAUGCCCAGUGCAUGGACGUGUCUCUUGUCGGCAGCGUUGGUCUCCUUGAAGGCAUCCCUGAACUGGGGCCCAGCUCCAGUGGUGUUCAUUGGGGUGUUCAGCCGUGCGGCUACCCGGUUUGCAGCUGUGACUUGGAGGGAUGGAGGUGAGCUUUGCUGGACGCCGGUUCGCGCAGCCGGUGAGUAGCUUAUGUGGGAGGCUGGUUUGGUAGACUCGUUCUUGUGAGUGUGGGGACCAGUGUGGUCACUCCUGCAGCAUGGUGGCGUUUUCCGCACACGGGCUCGUCGGUGUUUGCAUGGUCUGGCUGCCGUUCUGGUUGCGUGUAGUUGAUACCUAUAAUGGCGCCGCCGGGUCACUGGACGGAUCCAUGUGGCCACUAGUUUUACCGCCAGACGGUAAGCCAUUCCACGGUCUCUCAGCAUUGUCCAGGGGCUCGCGCAGAAUCGGUCCAAUUCCCCCAGGGGAUUCGAGGUUGGUUGAGCAUGUGUGCUUCAUUUUUGGGGCCUUCGCUGGGUGGCCAUCUUAGCUGCUUCCCAGUGACCUGAUGAGUGCUGGUGCUGUGUAGGACACUCACUUCAGCAGUUGAUUCGCUGUGUUCCAGGCUUUAGUUGCCGGGAUAUCCCUCUCCAGCGGGGGGGGGGGGAGGAAAUAUGCCGGGGAGACCUCCAGGUAAGUGGUUGUAGUCUCUCGCUUUGUCUGGGUAGGCCUCUAGUAGGCCUCAGGUCGAUCCCCGGUUAGGAGCCUCUGAUUUUGGUCGGGCUGCUUGUUGCUUGGUUCUGCAGUGUUAGGGCUCCCUUUUCCAGGUCGCCUAGUUGUCAAUUUGGUGAGUUUGUGCCCUGAUUCUGGCCUUUUGAGAGAGCUUUUGCACGGAGCUCAUCUCCAGUGCGACCGCUCAGCAUGGCAGCUUAGCUCCGCCCCCCAAAUCAUCGCCUUUUUUUUAUCUCUCAUUCUGCAAUUGUCCUUUACCAGUGGUAUAAUUUUGGUAUCUGGUUAAAGCUGAAAUGUACUGUUUCGUCAUUUAGAGUGUCAAAAUCAUGAAGCAAAAUAUUACUAUAUUAUUUUUCAGUUUCUUUUUUCCAAAAGAUUGUAAAUGUUAUGGUUAUUGUACAGUCUAAGUAUUAGGUUAUUGUAAAUAGACUACUUAAUACAAUCGACUUCUAUUCCUGUUUGGAUUAUCAGAAUAUUUAGUUGAUUUCAGAUGCUAUAUAACUAGACAUAAUUCUCGCUUAAAAAAAUAAAACAAGAAAAAAACAAAUGUUUAUUGUUUAUUACACCAUAUAUAACGCUGUCAUGGCACAGGCUGGCAUAAGAUGUAAAUCAUCACAACUUCAAUGAUGCCAUGCACAUGAGCCUGUAAGGAUAUUUGGGAGCAAAUCAGACAACAAGGAUUGAAUAAGGAUAACAUGCAAUUUGCACAAUAUAGGAAGCUUUCAAGGCACAGGCUGGCAUAUGAUGUAAAUCACCACAUCUUCAAUAAUGCCAUGCACCUGGUCCUGUGGGGAUAUUUGGGAGUGAAUAGGGUAGCAAGCAAGUUAUGCCCAUGCUUUGGUGUGAAAACCAUGCAUGCACACAUCUUGAUAAGAUUGCACUGCCACCCAAAUCUACUUCAGAGAUAAAUGUGUUUUAUCCUUACUUAAAACGCUUGCCCCAGUAAAUACCUGAGUAUCAUUUACUGGUGUGAAAAAAAGGGAACUUGCCACUUACAAGAAAGCAGCUGUUUCCAAGCAGAUGGUUCGAAUAUGUUAACUGAUGAAAAUGUGUUAAAUAUAGUUUGAUGAUAAAAAGAUAAACUGCACCAUAGAGUUUUAGUUUCCGAACAGGAUGGUAAGUGGAAAUAUGAAAUUAAAGCAAAGAUUGUUUGAACUGGUAGUGAGUGUCUUGAUUUAUGGGUUUCCUUUCUGUUACAGCCACCGAUUUUCUGUGUUAAAGUUACUGUAAAAGAAGCCAAGGGAAUUCUGGGAAAGGAUGUCAGUGGUGAGUAGAAAUGUAUUUUUGCAUGUUUCAUUUGAGCUAAUUUAAGAAAAAAAUGUUACUAAUACUCGUUAGCAUGUUGCUGGACCACUGUUUGUAUUUGACAGGUUAAAGCAUAUUUAUGUUUAGGAGGGACUUAGGGAAGGGUAUGUUUAAGGAGAUACUUGGUAAGUGGAGUGCCUACCUUCAAGAUGCAUUUGCAAUAAUUCACUUUAAGAUCUAUGUGUGGUACCUCCACCUCUAGUGGCUGUCUAGAGGUGGAGUCUAGAGGGACUUCUCGGUCGUUAGGCGACUUUUGAUCACAUAACUGUUUGUGCAGCUAUUUUUUAUGUGCUUGAAAUUUCCAGUAUAUAAAUAUAUAAGGGGAUGUUUUUGUUUUUUUGCUGCAAUGCCAUAUUCUAUAUGGAGAUCAGUUGAGACCAGAAACACAAAUUUUAUAUUAAGACCCACUUAAUUUCAGCUCAAGGCUGAUAAAGCUCCUUAACCCAGAACCACAGUUAGGUAAACCUCAACAACUUAAUUGAAGGGCGACGGCUACUGGACCCAAAUCUCACCCCUAUGACUAGGAUCGCUGGUGCCGCUGGCGAGUGGUCCGGAUGUGACUGGAAGAGGUCCGCUAUUAAACUGACUGACACACACGAUUUGACCAAGAACCCGCAUCCACGAACCACCAAUUUGACGACAGGACCCAGUGGGAUUAGAGGGUGGACCACAUUAGAAGGACGUGAGGCUAUUGAGAGAAAACCAAAACCCUAUAAGUAAAUGACAGGGGGAGCGGGGAGACAGAUAUCUUCAACUAUACUAAGUCCAUUAACCUAUUAAUCAUUGAAUGUUAGCAACACAUAUACAUGUGAGACUCAAAUUUGCCAGGAACAGCGGAUAGUGUAUUAUACUUCACUGGAAACAGAUCUUAAUGCCUUAAGUACAAAAGGGGCCUGCGAGCCCGCGACACAGUUUUUGUCUGUACUGACUCUUAUAACCUUUGUCUUCUAUGAAAAAUAAAACUGAUUUAAAAAAACAAACAAAAAAAAACAUUCUGUAUGGGAAUUAAAGAGAUUUUAGUAUAAAAGCAGAAAGAGAUAUUAUAAAUUAUUAAUGAAAGGAAAAAAAUAGCGUAAAAAAAAAAAAAAAAAACCUCAACAACUUGAAGUGAAACAUCUAUUGUUUGCUCAGGUUUCAGUGACCCUUAUUGCAUGCUGGGAAUUGAUAGUCGCUCAGAUCAACAAUCCAGGGAAAACAGCCCAAGUCGUGACAAGAAGCAAAAGCAGAAAGCCGUGGUGCGCAAUACAAUUCCAGAAGAUCGAACUCACAAGACUCAAAUUAAGCCCCAGACCUUAAACCCUGUGUGGAACGAAACUUUCAUAUUGUACGUACAACCAUCCAUAAAUUCUGCUACAUGUUGAUCGAACCUUACUUAGAAUAUAUGUCUGUAGUCUAAACAUUCUCAUUGGGGGAAUUGUGUUUUUUUAAAUUAUUUUUUAGUAGGUGCAGACUUUGUUGUCUACUAUUUGUUUAUUUGUGUUUCAGGGAAAUUGACAGCAUUGAACAUGCAAAAUUUCAAAUGGACAUGUGGUGAGUCAUACCUUAUUGAAAUGUUUUAUUCAUACCUACUUAUUCUUUUAUACUCAUGUCAUUUUAUUAUUGUAAAAGUACAAUCAAAGUAGAUUUACCAUCCAUUUUUAAUGCAUAUAGCUAAAAAGACAAAAGGCAAAAAUAAAACCCAAAAAUAAACACAAUACUUACAACAUCAUAAUCAGGAACUGGUGUAGAUCUCUAAGCAAGUCCUGGCUCUCCCGAUGAACUUUUUUGGGAGAAUUAUGCAACAUGACAUGAAAUGUGCUUAUUUUAUUUGAUUUGUCAUUUAAGUGAAGGAAAAUUAUUGUCAAUGUGCCAUAGAGGUGUGUGUGACUAAUUUUUUAUUCACUUGAGAAAAAUGAUCAAGGACCAAUCUUGCACAUGAAUCGAAACAGAUACAGCUUCCACUGUCUUCAGGUAUAUUUAAUUUCAUUGUUUUAAGUGAAUGAGAGAUUUCUUGUAAGUCUAUUGCACAUUCAUGAUCUUGUUAUGUAGUACAUUUUGUGCUUAGGUUUAUGGGGAGGUGUUACUCCAUUUCCUCUUGGACAUGAGUGUUGGGCUAAUGAAUAUUUACAUGAAUUAAAAGUAUUAGAUUCUUUUAAAACAUCGGGUCGUUAGAGUAUGAAAUCUCUUUCGGGUUAAGUUCUUCUCCUCCUUUUCCCACCAUUUUACUUGGUCCUUUACAACGUCCUCAUGGCCUCAUAAUAUCUAAUAUAUAUGUAUAUAUUUUUAUUUAAAAAUUGUAUAGAAUUUUAUGGUUUUUCCUUCUGAAAUUAUGUUUUGUCUUUAUAAUUUUAAUUUCUCUUUUUCUGAAGGGAUUCAGAUGAUUUAGAAACAGGCAGAUCUAAACUCGGAGAGAUAACAGAUCUGCACUCACUAAAGAGGUGAGAAUCCUAUGGUAACAGUGGCAUCAAAUAAACAAAACAAACAAACAAAUAAACAAACAAACAAACAAAAAUAGAUGGGUAUUUCAUACUUUAUCAUGCCCAAUAAUCCAAUUUAAUGUUGCAUGUUGGGAAAGAUGCAUUCCGCUAGACAGCAUUAACAUGAAUGCAACCCUAUACUAUUUAUUUUCUUUAAAUAUGGCUCUGACAUUUGUUUGUUUUUAUAAUUCUUUAUUUUUGCUGUGCAUAAAGAAACAGAGAAUCUUGCAUUUCCACAACAGCAUAUACAAGUGCAAUAGUAGAUAGCAAAUAGAUAAAUUGCAUGUCAUACAUAAACAGUAUAGAUCCAGUAUUGUUAAGUUGCGUGGCAUGUCAAUGGUACAGCACAGUUUUAUGAUAUAUUAGAAAGAUCGGGCUAGGAAAUACGUCUGAGAAUAUGGCAAUUACUGUGUUACAACAGUCACUAUCAGACAUGGUGAGAGUUAGAUAAUUAGUAAUGCUUAAGAACAUGCUAUGUCAGAUUGCAGGUAAAUAAACCACUGGGGCCAGAGAUGGCACUACACCGCUGUCUUUUACAAUAUUAAGGUAAAAAGAAUAAAGUAAAUAAAGAGGUCGUAAAAAUAAGCUGAAGAACUUAAAAAACAUAAACACAAUGGCGAUUGCCAACAUAUAAUAUAAGCAUAGCUCAGAUAGUAGGCCUUUAGUCAAGCUCAAUCGUCUCCGGCAAGCAAGGUGUGUGACCAGGUAAGUCCACAUCAGCCUAUUCGCAACAGUAGGAAGCAUGAGAUGGGACAGCAAAUGUCAUGAAAGGAGGGCAACAAUGCUGGAGCAGGUCAGGGCAUCCUUCCAGCCCCAGGCCUGUAAUCUGUCCAACAACCUCACUCCACGGACUUGGGAACUCAAUGAGACCAAGUCUUUCCCCACAGGGGGUAGCAUAAGGCUCAGCUGGUGUGAUAGGUGGCGCUCCAUCCUUGUGGACAAUGUUUAGGGCACUUGCCCCGGACAGCCUUUGGCCCAGGUGGGUUAUGGGUAGUUGAAUCCUGCGCUGGAAAGGGUUGCUUGCCCGAAGGAGGCCCAUUAGUCUCCAGGCUCCCAUCCCUCCGACCAUUUGCUUGAUGUAGCAGAGGAUCUUCAGUAGGCAUGUACAAUUCGUUUUGGUCCGAAAGCUGAAUUGUCGAAUUUCCAAAGUGCCGAAUUUCCGAAGUGCCGAACCAAACCAAAUUGCCGAAGUCCCGAAUUGCUGAAGUGCUGAAUUUUGUAAGUGUCAAACCGAAUUGCCGAAGUGUCGAACCGAUUUCUGAAAAGUGGCAACACAGGAAAGGGAGGGAAAAUUAAGGGAAUGAUGACAGGAAUCUAACCCUAACCCUACCCCUAACCCUAGUCCUAUCCCUACCCCUAACAUUAACCCUUACCCCUAACCCCUACUAUGGUUAGGGGUAAGGGUUAGUGUUACCCCUUAUGGGGUUGGGUUAGGGCUAGGGUCAGGGCUACGGUUAUGGCUAGGGUUAGGGGUAGGGGUCGGUUUAGGGUUAGGAGUAGGGUUAGGGGUGGGUUAGUGGUAGGGUUAGGGAAUUGCCAAAGUCACGAAUUCCCAAAGUUCCUAAGUCUCGAAUUCGCAAAUUCCCAAAUUGCCGAAGUCACAAAUUUCGGAAGUGCAUAAUUGCCGAAGUCCCGAAUUGCAGAAGUUCCGAAUUGCCGAAGUCACAAAUUUCGGAAGUGCAGAACCGAACCGAAGUGACGAAUUGCAGAAGUCCCAAAUUGGCAAAGUCCUCAAUUUCGGAAGUGCCAAACUGAACCUAAUUUUUUGCCCAUGCACAUCCCUAAUCUUCAGCUAAGCAUGUCUCCACGGUGCCCAAGAAGCAAUCAAAGAUUUCCUCCAGUCUCCUGAAUGAUUGUGCCAGAAAGUCCCUGCAUGCUCUCCCAGAGUUGCACCGUGGUGGAGACGCCAACUUGCGUGAAGCAUAAGCUGUGGUCUGCGUAUUGGCGGGUUCAGCCGUAUAUGAAAAUGCUGAUGUGAGAGGUGAGCCAGUGGUGAUCGGGAUAACCACCACCGGUCCAGGGAGGAGGGGUAUGCUGUAAGUCCCUGAGCAGGCCCAGCAGCACAGAGCGGGGGAUCAGCCGUCCCACCCGCCUGAAUAUCUCACUAGGCCCCAUCGGGACCACCGAAAGUUACCAAUCAGUCACUUAUAACUCAAUGGAAGGCACUUCGGUUGGCUCCUGAGUCAGGUAAGUCACACUAUUGGUCGGUCUGGCAUGCCAGGAGCUAGUUAAACUGCUUUAAAUACAGAUCAUGCUUGGAGCUCUCCUGAUGCACAACCAGCCUCAGUCAAGGCCCCCAUUUGUUUUUAACAGUGGAAUUGUUUAUCAAAAUACAUCUAUAUGCUAGUUUAAAUAUUUUAAUUAUAUUGUGUCCCAUUUUAACGUUAUUACAAAUUACUUUACCUUGUGACUCUUCGUCUGAAUAUCAGGUAAAGCCUUGCCAGAAUGUUAAUUUAUUUAGAGUGGUCUAGCAUUUUUUACAUUUUCUCACAAUUUAUGAUGUAUAAGUUGGCUGAUGGCUGAGUUACACAGCAGUGGUUGUCCAUUAACAUUCUGACAUCAGGGUCCGUACCCAUUAGCAACCACUUAGUACACUAAAAAUAGUCCAUAUAUGCACAAUAAAACUUUUUAAAAUGGCAAUAUUUUGGAAAAGAAAAACUAAAAAAAAAAAUUUGUAGCCAAUAUAAACUAUGACUAUUAAGACAGGUAGAUCAAUUCCUACUUGGGAAGGUGGAUUUUAUCUGGGAGGUGGAGAGAGAGCAUGAGUUGGUCCAUCUGAUACUGCUAAAUCCACUGGCUCUUGUUCCUCUGUGAAUUCUGGAUCCUGAUGCUGCCAACCAUUGUAGCGGAGCCCUAGUCCUAGAGAUGUCCUAGGACAUAUAAUAUGUGUGGGUACAGUAAUUGAGUAAGAGGAAAAUUACAGCUAAACACAAACACCGCAGAAAUGUAAAAACAGCCCUGGUCCUUAAUGGUAAGAAAAUUGAAUGAGGGAUGAAAUGAAUACUGAGAUAUAAUGUUAGGAAAUGGCAGUAAAGAUGGGCAUGAAUAAAUGUGACAGAGAAAAUUAGUAGGACAGGGUGAAAAUGGGAGCUCAGAGAGGAAGGAACCAUACGGGGAAGAAAAUUCUCAAAACAGCAGCCCUGCAUUACCUUAUUAAAUCUAUGGUGAAGCGGUGUGCCCUCUGCAGGACAGAGUAAGAUGUGCAGGUCAGCAUUGAUCUGGCUUGGUGCUCCUCACUGCUCCUUUGUGGACUGAGCUCCUUCUCGCUAUCUACACACGAAGCAGCCUCAAGGAGGGAUGCAACAUUAAUACUGACCACAUCUCUCCUGCUAUCUGAGCACAGCUGUUUUAGUUUAAAUUUGGAAAAUUCAGCAUUCGAGUCGCUAUAAUUUGGAUUUUAUUCCACCCCUUUAGUGACAAUCUGUUGUGUUUUUAGUAUAUACAUGGUAUAAGCGGCUAUUCUCCCAUAUUUUUGGGGGAGUUCCAACGGCCAUGGAAAUUGGGAUCUGAAUAGAGAGUAGAGUCAUUUCUAACAGAGGGAGUUAGAAAGAGAGAAUGAGAUCUUUAUAUAGCAAGGCAAGAAGUGAAUAUAAAAGGGUAGAAACAAAUGGCAAGACAAAGGCCUUACCUGUGGAUAGUGGGCAAUUAAAAAAUUGCUAUAGGUGUCUGAAAUAAAUGGAUUGUGAAUUAAAUUAUGUAUUGGGCACUUUUAACUAUAUUUUUUUGAGAUCUGAAUAUUAUUGAGAACUUGUACUGAAACAUGUUUGCCGUCACUGCCAUAUGGCCUGUGCAGAACUGAAUUCACACUCCAAAUCUGUAUAUUUCAUUAGGCACUGUGGAGUAUGAGUGCAUACAAGACUUCUGGCUGUGCUUCUCACCCAAAGUAAUUCCCCUGUGUUGCAUUGUAAAACCUUCCAUUCUCUAUUUUAUUAUCUACCCUUUCAAUUUUAUUUCAGAAUAAUUAAAGAUGCUCGAAAGGACAAAGGGCAGGAUGAUUUUUUGGGAAAUGUAGUCCUGCGCGUGCGGGUGAGUUUAUGAAAAGACUUUGCAAAGAUUUAGGACUGGCCAAACAGAUCCCCAGAUUUUGUAAAACUGCAACUUCCAUGAUGCUUUCCAGUUCUAAUUGUUGUCAAAGCAUCAUGGCAGUUGAAGUUCUAGAACAGGGAUGCUUAAUAGGUAGACCCCCAUAUGUUGUAGAACAGAACUCCCAUGAUUCAUUGCAUGCCUUUAGAAUGAUAAAAUAUCAUGGGAGUUGUAAUUCUACAACAUCUGGGGAUCUACCUAUUGGGCAGCCCUGUUCUAGAACAUCUGGGGAUGUAUAAUUUGUUCUGCCCUGUUCUACGUCAUGCAGACAGAAAGGGCUGUGGGAAAUUAGCCUGAGCUGUAGCUUUGGGAUAAUCUAAAUAUUGUCUUUGUGCUCAGGAUCUGAAGUGUAAGGAGGAUUGCUGGUACAACCUGGAGCCUCGGACAGAGACAUACCCCGAAAGAGGACAAUGCCAUCUGCAGUUUCUUCUCACACACAAGAAGGUGAGAGAUAAUUGCAGACCUAAGUUUUUCUGUCCUUGUUUGGUUGUUGUGUUCAGCAUGUGAUUUUUGGAGUAAAACAUUUUAAAAAUGCAAUUCCCAUAAUGCUUUGCUCAUCUUCUAAAAAAAGUCCACAUUUUGGCCAUUGCUGUCUUAGCGGGCUGAUCAGAGAGAAAACACAAUCAUUCUUUUCCUCGCAAACUGGUAUAGCCAGACUUGCCUCUUAAGUAAUAUAUUAGUUUAACAAAUAUUUUAAAAGCAAACCAAUUAACAAGAAGAUGUCAGGCUUCCGUCCCCCUGUCUCCCCUGCCCCCUAAAUAUAGUAAAAAAAUACUUUUAUUAAAGUUUGCAGCUGCUGCUCUUCCUCUGAUCUGCCUGCUUGGCUGACAUCAUCAGAAGUGAUUCUCUGAGCCAAUCACAAUGGAUGAGACUGUCAAGGAGGCAGAUCAGGGGCAGACCAAGCACAAGUCAAAAACAGCCCUGGCCAGUCAGCAUCUCCUCAUAGAGAUGCAUUGAAUCAAUGCAUCUCUAUUGGGAAAGUUCAGUGUCUCCAUACAAAGGGUGGAGACACUGAAUGACAGUGCUGCACUGCCCCGGGGAGCACCUCUAGUAGCCAUAUGAGGAGUGGCCAUCCCUAUUCAAGUGUUUACUGCAAAAAGCCUGAAGGGAAUGAUUCUACUCACCAGAACAAAUACAAUAAACUGUAGUUAAUCUGGUGACUAUAGUGUCCCUUUAAAUUUUCUGGCACGCCUGUGUAGGCUCACCCACCCAUAUCCCUCUUUCAAAUUUCCUGAAGUUGGGAGGUAUGAGUAUGUCUACAGUAUUCUAGAACUCUGUAACGAAACACACAAACAAGCAGUUUCACCCAUUUUUGAGAAUCCAAAUUCAUUUUUUAACUGGCAUUUAUUUAAUCAGAGCAUCGUGUUCUGGAACUUUCCCUUUGUAUCAAGACAAUAACUUAGUCAAAAUGUGCUUGGUCAGCAAAUAUGUUUUUCCCAUAUAUGUAUUAACAAUAAAAUCGAACACAUUCUAAACAUUAAAACAGCUUUCUCCAUCACAUCACUGUACUGAACACUGUGCCUUUGUGUUUCCAGAGAUUGGGCAUGCUGAGCAAAACCCCCAGCUACAUUGUACACCGUCAGCUGCUACAACAGUUUGUCCGUUAUGAGAUCACUCGUCAUCAGGUAAAUUGGCUUUCUAGCAUGUAUUAUUUGUCCUGGCAGAACAUAGCUCCCCACGCUGGUUUUUAGGAAUAAUUAUUUCCACCGUUUAUUUGUGUACAUCUGUGUGCAGCGUAAAUGUAUUGUUUACGGUGACAGGAUUUUGUCGUACAUUUAUGUUACCUAGGUACAUCUAAAUAUAUUGCUGUAUCAUAUUGUAGUUAUUUCACAUAUAGCCAUCACAGGAGUUAUUUUAUUAUAUUUACUCUUGAUGUCACUAUCGUGUUAUUUUUGCAUUCCCAACGCAGUCUGAAAUACAUGUAAUAUACAAAUGUAUUUAUAUUUAACUUUUCCUCGACAUGCAGGCUACGGGAAGCACGUGGAAUGGGGAUAUCAGCCCUCAUGGCAUUACUAUCUUAUAUCUGCACGCUACCCAAAAGGACAUAUCUGAGUUUCAUCAAGGCCUUGCGUGAGUAAUAGAGAGUUAGAAACUUUUGGUUUUGAGCCUACUUUCAUUUUCACUUCAGAUUGCUUUCUCUACUUCUAAAAUAAGAGUGGUCCAUCACAAAAAAUGUGAACACCUUGUCAGAACAUGGACAGUCCCAUUAUUGUGUCUCAUGAUAUAGUGAAGAAGUGUGGUACUUCUUUAAAAAAUGCCUUUUGCUUAUUGUAAGAUGAAAACUCCCUUUCUACAAUUUACACUUCUGCAUUAUCAAUGUCAAUUUCAUCUGAUAUGCAUGACAUAGAUUAACUGAUAUUGCAGGGCUAACCUGUCCCACCACUCCCACCCAAUUAAUGUUGUUCAGGUUGCAUGAAAUUGACGGUAAUAAUUCAGAGGAGGGAAGGGUAAUUUAUAAAUGUGCCAAUUUAUAUUGAAACCUGCACUUUUUCUAAAAUGAAAAUAAGGACACACUCUUCAUACAGAAAGAACUUAAGCUAAAAGCCGCAAUGGUAACCAAACACUGUAGGCAACAUAACCUCUACAGUGAGCUUUAGUGACUUACUUACUGUGCCCUCUAACAUAUCUUGGCUGCUUGGUUUGAGGCUAAGCUAAGCAUCAUUCAGACCAGAGUCAGGAGAAGAUUAAUAUUGUAUGCAUUGCAGUAGAAACAUGGAUGGGACAUGUAUAUUCAAAUAUGACACACAUAUCAAUAUAUCCAUAACAACCUGUCUCUUGAGCUUCACAAUCCAACAGUGUCUGGUCCCAUAGCCACUUACAACUCCAAUCCUGUUUCACUCAGUCGCUUGUCCAUUACCAAAUGUGUAUUUCCUCUUUGACUAUACAUUUGCUUUGUCUGUGCUUCCCUCAGGCAGUGGCUGGCUUAUAGCAAACUGUACCAGAGUUUGGAGUUUAGUAGCAGUUGCCUGCUGCAUCAUAUUACAAGUAUUGAGUACCUGUGGGUACAAGGCCGACUGCAGGAUGAGCAGGUAAUGUGUGUGUGUGUGUGUUUGUGUGUCUGUGUGUGAGAGACUGUGUAUACUGUUUUGAAAGCCAAUUUGUUUUUGAUGAUUUGUCUUUCGUCUUGUUUUGUUGUUGUCUCAUGACAUUUAAACAGUAACUUCUUCAAUACUGAAAUUAUACAUGGUUAUUUACUAAAGUUUGAGUUGAAGAUGAAUUCAAAGUGAAUUUUAAAUUUAAAGUCAAUUUAUCGAAACUGGAAAAAGCUUACCAAGCUAACAAAAACAAUUAUUAAUUAAGUUUUUUGUAAAUAUGGGAGGCAAAGCUGGCAUGUAUGGUUAAAGGAACACUAUAGUCACCUAAAUUACUUUAGCUAAAUAAAGCAGUUUUAGUGUAUAGAUCAUUCCCCUGGAAUUUCACUGCUCAAUUCACUGUCAUUUAGGAGUUCAAUCACUUUGUUUCUGUUUAUGCAGCCCUAGCCACACCUCCCCUGGCUAUGAUUCACAGAGCCUGCAUGAAAAAAAACUGGUUUCACUUUCAAACAGAUGUAAUUUACCAUAAAUAAUUGUAUCUCAAUCUCUAAAUUGAACUUUAAUCACAUACAGGAGGCUCUUGCAGGGUCUAGCAAGCUAUUAACAUAGCAGGGGAUAAGAAAAUCUUAAUUAAACAGAACUUGCAAUAAAGAAAGCCUAUAUAGGGCUCUCUUUACAGGAAGUGUUUAUGGAAGGCUGUGCAAGUCACAUGCAGGUAGGUGUGACUAGGGUUCAUAAACAAAGGGAUUUAACUCCUAAAUGGCAGAGGAUUGAGCAGUGAGGCUGCAGGGGCAUGUUCUAUACACCAAAAUUGCUUCAUUAAGCUAAAGUUGUUCAGGUGACUAUAGUGUCCCUUUAAAUCAAAACAGAAAAAAAACAAGUUUUAUUAAAAAAGUUUUAAAAAAAAUAAUAAAUAAUAUGUGCAUAUAUAUUUGGAGCCCCCCGAGAAGCAGAAUUAAAAAGAUGCAUUAACACUACAAAAACGUUCUAACGUUCUAAAAAAAAGAUUAUGGAAAAUCAUCAACAUUUCCUGUUCCUCUUUUUAGCAGCAACUUAAAUGAGAAAGUACUGUUUGCAGUGGCAUCAUUUCGCCCGUCCUGACAGUAAGAGGUUAUGACACAGCUUUUGUUUUUUUUUUCUUGUGGUUCGUGGUUUCUCCAUCAUUUCAUAGAAUCAAACUGCAGUAUUUAUUGCAGAGGCAUAACUAGAACCCAUGGGGCCCCGGUGCAAAAAUUUCCCUGGGGCCCCCCCCGCCCGUGCCACCCUCCUCCCAUAUGUCUAUCGUCCCACUCCCAUACGUAACCCACUCCCCCCACACAUGCAAACAGAUACACAUGUAGACACACACACACGCAUACAGGCACACACACAUACAAACACACAAAUACAUACACACACACACAUAUAAAUGCACACACAUACACACAUACAGACACAGACAGCCAUACACGCACACACAGACAUACACACAGACACACAUACAUUCAGAAACACAGACAGACAGACAUACACACACAUACAUACAGACAUACCAACAGACACACAGACAGACAUACAGACACACUCAUAUACAGACACACAGACAGAUAUACACACACAUACAGACACACAUACACACACAUACAGACAGACAUACACACACUCACAUACAGACAGACAUACACAGACAUACACACACAGACAUACACAUAAAGACAUACACACACAUACAGACACACAAAGACAUACACACACUCACAUAUAGACACUGACAGACAUGCACACAGACAUACACUCACUCCUGGUACCACCACACUGCUGUGGUUAUAGUGCUUGGACUGUUGUGUUAAGGAUAAUUGGUUAGCUACUCUACUCCACAGUCCCACUAUAACAAAUGGAUUUACAACCCGUCCAUAGGAUUCUCGAAGUAUUUCUGCUUCCCUGAAUGUUGGAUAGCAAAGUUUAGCUCAUAUUGCUCUACCAUGCUCUCUUAUCACGUCCAAGUGUCACUUUUCAUUCUUUUGAACAUUUUUAAUUUGACGAAUGUCUUACUUCAUGAAACACUUGUUAAAGGACUUGUGGCAGCUUUGCAAAUCAGAGGUGAUAUCAGCCACAAGGUUCAGUAAGGACUUCAGAUUGUCUUCAUGACUCUGUAGAGAGAAGACUCAAAUGUAACAACAGUGUGUAUGGUAAUGGGCAAGAUAGAGAACAGAUCAUGAGUGGGAAUGACCAACAUAAAAAGUAACAAUGAGCAAUAGAAGUGAUAGCAAAGGAUAAAUAGCCAGAGUGAUCACACAGGUCUUUUUACCCACCUGGAUUAUUGGUUGCAGAUGUUGACGUUUCAUAUGAAACCAUUCAUGGGUUCCAACCUGCAGAUGAGAUAUUAGAAAAUAAAGUUGCCUGCAUUUGGUGUAAUAUUGUCUGAUAAUCUUUUAAAUGAUUUAUAUCAAAAUAAUACAUAUACAAUAUGUCAUCAUUUGAACAUUGCUUAAAUGGACAUACAGUUAGGGGUACUUAGGGUAAAGAGGGGUUUAGAUUGAGGGACUUAGGGUUAGAGGUUAUACCUAUUGGUACUCCUGAAGCAAUGGACUUUAUCGCCCAUUAUUCUCACCUAAUUAAAACUGUGUGCUCUUUCACUGCAUUGUCAUUAUAGCAUUAUUACAAUAAUUAUUGACAGUAACACACACACACUCUAACACACAAACACACACUCUAACACACACACACUUUUUUGUCCUGAAGUCAGUUUUAUUCACUACAAUUUGUUGUUUAUUGAAUAAAAUAGAGAAAAAUAGACACAAUAACCACUAAAAGUAACUAGCAAUUAGCUCUGUUCUCACCGGGAAGUAGUGACCCGUGAUCGAAAGUCUCUAAUUCUGAUAAAUGGAAUACGAGCAGCUGGGAAUGGUUAAAGGACCACUCUAGGCACCCAGACCACUUCAGCUUAAUUGACAGACCACUUCAGUCUCAUUGACAGCCACUAGAGACGCUUGCGUGCUUCUCACUGUGAAAAUCACAGUGAGAGCACGCCAGCGUCCAUAGGAAAGCAUUGUAAAUGCUUUCCUAUGAGACCGGCUGAAUGCGCGCGCAGCUCUUGCCGCGCGUGCGCAUUCAGCCGGCGGGGCGUAACGGAGGCGGAGAGGAGGAGGAGAGCUCUCCGCCCAGCGCUGAAAAAAGGUAAGUUUAAACCCCUUUCCCCCUUCCAGAGCCGGGCGGGAGGGGGACCCUGAGGGUGGGGGCACCCUCAGGGCACUAUAGUGCCAGGAAAACGAGUAUGUUUUCCUGGCACUAUAGUGGUCCUUUAACCCUGCAUUAUAGGGAUAAUGUGCAGAUUGAACUAUAGCUGUCUUUGCAAAGAUUAGAACUGUAACAAUCACAAGGUAACACACAGAUAACUGUGUCUGUAUAAGGCAGUCAAUCUCAAACUGUAAGGGUUACUUAAUGUCUGAAUUGCAAAUUUGGGCAAUGAAUAUUUGCAAAAUGCCUCCUAACAAAAACAAAUAGAUGCUUAGUAAAUUCACAAAGAAUUUCAAAUGUAAGACCAUGGUGGUAGGAAUGUUAAUGUUCAGUGUUUCUGUUUAAGCUCUGUACAUUUAGAGUUAUUGUGCUGGGGGCUAGUUACACAUGGCACAUGCGAAGAGGCGAUUGCAUCACUACCUCUGCCCCCAAAGGAGUGUACCCAUGGAUCCGCCCGAGUUAAAGGAUUACUAUUGUGUCAGGAAAACAAAGUUCCCCCACCCUCAGGGUCCCCCUCUCGUGGCGCUGAAGGGGUUAAAACCCCUUUAGCAGCUUACCUUAAUCCAGCGCCGGGCUCCUUCAGCGCUGGUGACCUCUCCUCCCCAGCCAACGUCAGCUCCCCAGUCCGACGUCAGCGUAGCUGAAUGCGCAUGCGCAUUUAUCAAUGCUUUCCCAUGGACGCUCUGUGCAAUGGAGGCAUAGAGGCUGGCUUAACCCAAUAUGUAAACUUCUAUGUUUGCAUCUGGAGGGUUAAAACCUGAGGGACCUGGCACCCAGACCACUUCAUUGAGCUGAAGUGGUCUGGGUGACUAUAGUGUCCCUUUAAUGGCAGGUCAGCCUAAUGUGAAUACACACCAAGCUGCCUGCCAAUCAUUUUAGCUGGCCCACUGAGGGCAGGUCAUACAGAGAGCCGUGUUUUAGUGCUCUCUGUAAUGCUCUCCUAGUGCCCUUUUGUUGUGCUUGUGCUAUGAUUGUUGGGGAAAGUUCCCUGGUGUCCCCAAAAGUGAGACAGGGAAGUAAGGCAGGACAGAAACCAAAACCAUUACUGUCCUGCUGGAAUUGGGCAGUUGGGAGGCAUUUUAUCAUGCCGUCAGUUCUUCUGUUUCACUAUCAAACUAUAGCAAUAAUUUACCUUUUGUUAUUUCCCCAUAUCUUCCUGUAUUACUGUGCCUGCCCAGCACCACUCACAAUAAAAACUCUGUUUUCCAUACAGAAAGCUGAACUGUCAGAGUCUUUUGAGUCACUAUUGCAAUAUGGUAUAUCGCUGCUGAAGAAGUAUCGCAUUAUGUUCCCACUUUCAGCACCACGGUCCCUUGAACGCUUGCAGGGUCUGCUAAGGUUAGUAACCAAGUGACCUGUAUUGGUCUUUUUGACAUUAUGUAUUUGUAUUAUCUUGUCUUCAAGCUUCAUAUCUACUAGGCAAAAAAAACCUUAUUUUUACUUUAGAUUUAACCUUUUCUUUCACAUGUUCUUUGUUUUACCUCUUAUUCUUAUGCAUGAUAUUAGAUAAGUAUUGAUUCUAUAUUUAAAACUAGUCAAUAUACACAAUCUGAGUCAUUUAAGACAAAUUUUUUAUUAGUAUCUGUAUAAUGUAGAUCUAUGUGCCUAACUCUUGGAAUUGGACCCAAGUUCAAUAGAUUAUUCUAUUUUAUUCCCUCCUCCGUUAGAUGCUCACUCAGUCUCCAUUCCUUCAAAAAAUCGUUAAAAACCCACUUCUUCAUAAAAGCUUAUCACUUAAACUGUUAAUAGCUCCCGACUGAUUCCUCUUCUGCAACUGUCAUUAGUCUAAUACUAUCCUUACCUUUUUGUGUCAUUUUACCCCACUCCCUUUAGCAUGAAAGCUUAUUGACCAGGGCCCUCAACCCCUCUGUUCCUGUGUGUCCAACUUGUCUGGUUACAACUACAUGUCUGUUCGUCCACCCAUUGUAAAGCGCUGCGGAAUUUGACGGCGCUCUAUAAAUAUCAUAAUAAUAAUUUUAGUAAGCCCCCAAUGGUCAGAAAUUACACGUCAUAUUCACUAGACCUCUUUCAACUGUUCUCAUUAAAUUGAAUAUUGUAAGAGAAAUGCAGCCAUUUCUCAGUGCAAUAGAAAAAGCCUAAUCAAGGCAUUCUAUUUGCUUUAUUUUGUAAAUUAUAUAGCAGUUGGACAUUGGGUCGCCAAGCUAAUGCCAUGUAUGCUGUUCGGGUUGCUUUGAAACCUUGAGUUUGUAGGAGGCAGGCUUCCUUCUAUAAAAUGAUCAGAUGUGAGCUUGUGGUUUACUGUACAAUUGUAUGUAAAUGUAAAAUAACGCAAUGAAGAUGCAUAUACCAAGACCUCCGAAAAGCUAUUCUUACUACAAAUCGGUAUCAAAGGGGAAAAAACACAGCUUAUGCCCUGGAACCUGGCUAUUAUCAACUUUGAGUCAAACAGAGAGAGCUCUUUAUCAGUAUAUGAUUUUCAUGGUUUAUUCUGAGAAUUGAACUUCCUUUUAAGCAUAUUGUUUUUCUUCUUUUCAAACCUUCACCAUCCGUCAUUUUUUGCCACUCUUGUUUAGUUCAUUUUUGCUGUAUUUUGUUUCCUCUCUUCUUACUUCUCACCAGAGCUGGAUUUAGGUUGUCCAAUAUGUAAGAUUUGGGCCUUCUCCAAGAGCCCUGGGCUCUGUUUAUGUGAGCAUUGUGUGCGUUUAUGGUGGCUAAAUGUUGUGUGUGUGUGUAAGAGAGUGUGUAUAGUGGCUGAGUAUUGUGUGUGAGUAGGACACUAAGAACUGUAUGGGUGUGGGGAGCUUUUCUUCCCCCAACCUGCUCACUUUUUGUGAGGAGGAGGUAUUAUCCCCGGUGGUUAAUUUUGGGUGCCUUGUAGUCUGCACCAAUAUCAGGUGCAGAUCACUUUUAGAGCUCCCUCAUGGUCUGACACUCAGUCAGUGAUUCAGAGCACUUGCUCUUACUCAGGACCAUGAGGGAGCACCAAUGUGAUCUACAUCCGGUAGACGUGCAGACCACAAAGUUCCCUCGAGCAUGUGAGGGGGCACAGGGCCGAGCAGGGAGAUAUUUUGAUCUCCCUGUCGGGUGAAGGAGGGCCCCCUCAUAGCUUUUCAGGAAAAUAACAUCUACUUGUCAUAAUUUUCAUCAGCUUCUUUCAUUUUCCAUAUUCAUUUUUCAUAUAUUUUUUUUUUCAGUCAUCUUUCUCAAUCCACUUAACAUUUUGUAUCCUUGUAGGGUACUCAUUCAAAUGUGUAAGACCAAAGCAUUCCGUGAGAUGUGCUCUUUGACCCCGACUCUACAAGAACAAGUGUCCGAGGCCAUUAAGGUAACAAGGAGAACACUUCCUCAGAGUCCACUAUGCUAAAAACAAAUGCAAACUUAUGUAAGAAAGUUCUUGAGGCACUAAACCAAAAGUAAAAUGACAAAUCCUUUGAAAGGGAGGCUGUAGCAUUGUCCAGAGUUAUGCAGUCUAUAGCCUUUCUCUGUGCUAGCACCACAGCUACUCCAAGGGGCUGGUGCCCUGGGCCAGUGAUCUCUCAGAUCUUCACCCUUGUGCAGUGAUUGAUUCUGCUUUGCAAACAAUGACAUUUCUGCCUGCAGCCUCCAUUGUGGAAAUAACCAGCAAAAUUCUCCGUAGAGAGUGUUAAACCAGGCCCUCCAAAUCAAGACAUGUUCGCUAAAUUCUAAUGAAUGCCCAAAAUGUUUGCAUGGGAAAGAAAGAAAAGCAACAUUGCAAACCAGAUUUUGCAAUGUUCCUUUAAGCUUACACCCCUCUGGGCCAUAUUUAGUUUACUGAGGGAAGGCAAGUGGGAGCCUUUGCUAGAGAAAAAGCACUACUUAUGUUUUAAUAGAUCACAGGCAGCAUUACAUUUUGAUUGGAUGGGAAUUUCCCUCCAUAAAACCAAAUAUACUAAUUUCUACAAAAUGGUCCCCCCUUAAUCCCUUACUUGCCAAGAAUGAUGUGCCAUGAAUUUAAAUUUACAUUCCAACAUGGAUCCUAACCUCCUAAAUACCUUAUUUGACCUUACAUUACUAAUAGUAGACAAGACCAGGACACACAUUAUUAAUAAACUAAUCCUUACGUCCUGACAAAGCACACUACUGCUGGGGAUCAUAGACAAAGGCAUCUUUAUCUAAAUAUACUAUGUUUUUCAUCAGUGUUGUUUAAAUUUAAAGAUGUUUAUUGAAAUUAUUUUAUUUGAUAUGUCUCGUGUCAUUGUAAUAAUGCUAUAAUGACAAUGCAAUGAAAGAGCACACAGUUUUAAUAAUGGGUGAUAAAGUCCAUAGCUUCUGGAGUACCAAUAGGUAUAACCUCUAACCCUAAGUCCCUCAAUCUAAACACCCCUUUACCCUAAGGACCCCUAACUGGAUAUCCGUUUGAGCAAUGUUCAAAUGAUGACUUAUAUUGCAUAGGUAUUAUUUUGAUAGAAAUUAUUUAAAAGAAUAUCAGACAAUAUUGCACUAAAGGCAGGCAACUCUAGUUUCUAAUAUCUCAUCUGCAGGUUGGUACCCAUGAAUGGUUUCAUAUGAAACGUCAACAUCUGCAACCAAUGAUCCAGGUGGGUAAAAAGACCUUUGCUAUCACUUCUAUUGCCAAUUGUUACUUUUUAUGUUGGUCAUUCCCACUCACUAUCUGUUCUCUAUCUUGCCCAUUACCAUACACACUGUUGUUACAUUUGAGUCUUCUCUCUACAGAGUCAUGAAGACAAUCUGAAGUCCUUACUGAACCUUGUGGCUGAUAUCACCUCUGAUCUGCAAAGCUGCCACAAGUCCUUUAACAAGUGUUUCAUGAAGUAAGACAUUCGUCAAAUUAAAAAUGUUCAAAAGAAUGAAAAGUGACACUUAGACGUGAUAAGAGAGCAUGAUAGAGCAAUAUAAGCUAAACUUUGCUAUCCAACAUUCAGGGAAGCAGACAUACUUUGGGAAUCCUAUGGACUGGUUGUAAAUCCAUUUGUUAUAGUGGGACUGUGGAGUAGGGUAGCUAACCAGUAAUCCUUAACUCAACACUCCAAGCACUAUAACCACAACAGUGUGGUGGUUCUCAGGAGUUCCCUGGGGCCUCCAUUGUAAGCAGUCAAACAGUUUUAAAGAUUCUUAUUACUUUGGGUCCAUUGGACGCUACUUCCUGGCUUAACCUCUGAUGAUGGAGAGUCAGAAGCUCCUAAGAAGAAGCUUAUAGUGGCUCCUCUGAGCUAAGCCCAGCAGUAGAGUGCCAGCUUGUUGACUGAUCAUUCUAGCCCAAUGUGCUGAAAUGCACCACUGGAUUUAGCUCAAGCAGACUUUCCAGCACUCUCACUGCAGUAGUGAAGGGAGGGAGUGGUUCCAUUUGGACCCCAGGUAAGAAAUCAAACCAUGCCAGACAGUUUGCAGUACUUGCAGUGUUCCUAAAGAAGAAAUUCCUUUGUAGUUAUUUCUUCCAAAGGUGAAAUUAAACUGUAAAGCUCUAUGUAGCUUAUGGUACAUACAUUGUAUAAUAAUUUGUUACUUCCGUCCCAGCACUAUUAAGGUGGAUAUAUUCAGUCUGGCAUUCCUGGAGCUGCAGGAACUGGUAUGUAAAACAAUUCAAAUGCUUUCUAUAAAUACUUUUUACUGCUCUCCAACUGGUACUCAACAUGCUAAGCUUCUCUACACCUUUUUUGUCUCCUGUGCCUUCUGUGAUUAUGUGUCUUGUCAUCCAUCAGGUUUCCGAGCACUUACUUAGUCAGCUGCCACCCAUAGAGAAGGGGUCUCAACCUCCACUGUCUGAGCUCCUGUAUCAGCUAUACCUCACCCUGCGAGAGCUCUAUCAGCUUCACAUCCACCAAAGCACGAGGUAAAGAAUCACCAACAUAAGGAAUGGAUCGUACUAUAUUCUGACAAAUAAAGCAGGUGACUCUGUCAUAGAAAAUUACCUUGUUACACAUGUAAAGAACGCUAGUCACAGUAAGCUGAAAACCUGAAGAAUCAAACAUCUUAGAUGUUUAAGUAGACCUUUUGAUACUGUAUAUUGGAACCCCUGUUAACUCUUUAUUAGCAUUGGUGAAAAGCAGAACAUUUUCAUUUCUGUUUCUUCAGUGAUGAGCAGCUCCAUUUGUCGCAAUUCCAUCGCUGGUUUGUGGAGUUAUUGCCCAGCUGGCUGCUGAAAGCAUACAAUACCGCAAAGGAGAGAGUGCAAAGAGCUGUACAAAUAGAUCAGGUGAGCAGAUGUCAUGGUGAAUGCUAAUUGUGGCGACUCUCAGAGUUAAACAAGGUACUAAUCCUACAGACCCACAGGGAAGGUUCGUCACGAUCACGAGACACAUAGGGCCCCAAAAAUAUGCGCUCACAUCCAUAUACACACCUACCACCCCAUGUGGCACAUUCUGGCAGUCCUUCUGAGCACAUCUAUCACUUUUCCCUAUCCAUCACUUAAUAGUCAUGUGUGUGUGUGUGUGGGGGGGAAUUACAAUGCAACACUAUCACCGACACUAUCGACAGGCACUGAUCCAGAAUACAGAGAUGCAAUACGCCCCUAACAGCCAAAUCAGACAAACUAUUCGCUUCAUUCAGAGCAACUAUGCAACUACCAGAUGCCUGUAGAAUUCAACACCCCGCUAUGAAGGACUACACAUUUUUCUCCCACCCCCACCAAUCCCAUUAUAGAAUCGACCUCUUCUUGGUCUCCCCCUCUCUUAUGCUGUCGAUCACUUCCACCUCUGUGGGCUCCAAAACAUGGUCAGACCAUGCAGAUAUUACCCUUGUGUUAGACAUCCCUGAUACAGUGAGACCUUGGUCGUUGUGCCUCAACUCCACACUCCUACACAACCCACAAACUAGAGAAUCCAUCCAAAAGGCAAUCACUGAGUACUUUACUAUAAAUCAGGGCUCUGCAUCCUCUCAGAGCACCCUUUGGGCAGCACACAAAACUGUCCUGCGGGGCACUAUCAUAGGCAUAGCAACUGCACACAAGAAGCAAAAAUUAGAACACACCCUCCAACAGCUAUGGUCGCUCAAAAUCAAACUCAAACAAAACCCAGCCCCAGAACUAAUUACCCAAAUCGCUAGCUGCCAAAAGGUUGUUAAGGACUUCAUGGCUAAAGAUGGCUUACAGUGGUCUAAACAACUCUUUUAUGAAAAAUCCAACAAAGCAGACACCCUUUUAGCCCAGAGGCUAAAACAGAGUACAACACACAAACAUACAAAAUCCACUUUCCGACCGGAAAGGUGUGCAAACAACCAAAACAAAUAGCGGACAUCAUCCAACGAUACUUCACCUCGCUCUAUGACCACAACCCACAUGCCUGCCGGGACCCGGACACAAUUACAACCCAAACCGAAAGAUACUUGGCCUCCAUUUAGCUACCCUCCCUCCCCCAAUGCCACUAUUAAUAGCAACACCCACCACCCCAGAAGAGGUAGCCAAAACUAUACCAACUUUAAAAACUAAACAAAAACAGAAAACAUGGAUAAUCCACCAAAAUGGAAUCCACGGUGUGUCAAGAGAACUCCAUAGGGGGUAACCCUUGGAGAUAAAUGCAAAACGUUGAAAGUGAUCCCUGGCCGAAGAACGCCACAGGAACACAGUAAGAGUUCUCUGGGUAUUGUGAUUACAAUAAAAAUAAAAAAUCUCUUUAUUAUAGGGUAAAAGUUCCCCAAAAAAGUAAAUAAAACUUAAUGAAAAACUAACACACACUAGAGAGAAUAGAUGGAAAGAGGAGAAUGAGAUGAGAAUAAAGUGAUAGUAUAAAGUCUCUCUCUUAAAGAUAUAUCUAGCAGUCUGGGUAGAAACUAUCCUGUAUAACAGGGUAUAGCAGUCUCCAAAUGUUCGCCUAAAAUGUUAAAUAUGGAUACAAAGUAUCCUCUAAAUGAACGGCAGCUGGUAAGCAUCAAAAAAAAAAGAAAAAAGAAACUGAACUAUCUGUUGACCAGGAUGUCGGACUAAAUACACUGUUGUAGCCUGUGCUCUCCCUAGAGACUCCACAUGUGUUCUUUUGAUUUUAUAGAGUCAUUUAUUAUUUAGAUUUUAUUAAACAUAUUCUGUUGAAGUACUGUAAAUGUAUGAUUGUAAACAUCAUAUGAUAAAAUUCUGAUCAAACUUAGACAAUGCUUAUUAAAUAUUGCCCAUAUUUUUGGAUAAGUCACACAAUAGAUCCUAAGGUAUAUUGUGUGAUUUGGGCUUCCCCUAUGUAUGGCUUUAAGCACUUGUGUGUCGGGACCAUUCUCCGAUAUCCCCGAGUAAAAAUCAUGGAGGGGUGGCUUUCCAUUCACAUAAGAAAGAUCCCGCCCAAAGAAACGCCUACUGGGCGUGUUUAGUAUAAUCAGGACGGAUACGUGAGAUCCGUUAAUUUUGGCGGGAAUCACGGGGACAGCAAUGAUUGGUCUAAGCCACAUACCCGAAUAGGUAUAUAAGCAAACACCCAGCCAGUACCUCGUUUACCUUUGACAAAGGCGCUCGGGUAGCGCCGAAACGUGCGUCAGGACUUAUGCCUUAUUUUUAAUCACAGCACUUUUAUUUAUGCACUUUAGGAGGUAGAGAGUAUGGAUGGAGAUAUUUGAGAUAUUUAUUUAGAGUAGUGGGUAGUUUCGACAGACGGACAAGGAUAGCUCCAGCGUAUGACAAUGUGGAGUCUCUAGGGAGAGCCCAGGCUACAACAGUGUAUUUAGUCCGACAUCCUGGUGAACAGAUAGUUCAGUUUCUUUUUUUUUUUUCUUUUUUCUUUUGAUGCUUACCAGCUGCCGUUCAUUUAGAGGAUACUUUGUAUCCAUAUUUAACAUUUUAGGCGAACAUUUGGAGACUGCUAUACCCUGUUAUACAGGAUAGUUUCUACCCAGACUGCUAGAUAUAUCUUUAAGAGAGAGACUUUAUACUAAGAUUUGCUUGUUAUGAUACUUUUUAGUAUCACUUUAUUCUCAUCUCAUUCUCCUCUUUCCAUCUAUUCUCUCUAGUGUGUGUUAGUUUUUCAUUAAGUUUUAUUUACUUUUUUUGGGGAACUUUUACCCUAUAAUAAAGAGAUUUUUUAUUUUUAUUGUAAUCACAAUACCCAGAGAACUCUUACUGUGUUCCUGUGGCGUUCUUCGGCCAGGGAUCACUUUCAACAUUUUGCAUUUAUCUCCAAGGGUUACCCCCUAUGGAGUUCUCUUGACACACCGUGGAUUCCAUUUUGGUGGAUUAUCCAUGUUUUCUGUUUUUGUUUAAUCUAUCUAUUCAUAGAGGUUUUAAUACCAUUCAAGUGUGUCUACAUAUAUACCCUAUUACAGAGUGGAUAUAGAUUUCAAACAUGGCCAAUUUUUUAUCCCAAUUGACAGACCCAAAUCAGUGGUGUACGGAUGUGGAGUCAGUCUUUUCAGAUAAAGACAUGACUUACCUACCAGAGCAAGAUAAUAUAAAUCAUAAAUUUAGAAUUCUAUCAAACUUAUGUAAACAACAAAUUAGAUUGGGUUGGGAAGUGAUGUCUUUACAAAAAUAUCUUGGUAAAUCAAUGAUACCAAGAGGACUAAGGAUCCAGACCAUCCCCAAUAUUGAGAUGGAUGAUCCAGUUCUCCUAAAAGAAUGGGAAGAAGCGGCGGAUGUCUGUUCAAAGAAAUUCAUGGACAUUCUAGUUAGAUUCGAGUCAGAUAGGCUGAAAAAGGUCGAUGAUAAAGUUAAGACAGCAGUAGAAGGUAUACAGAGCUGCAGGGAUGAUCCCUCCUUCUCAGGUCAAGAACAGAGACUUCAACAGAACCUUAAUAAAUAUCAAAACACUAUUAAGAGUCGUAAACAUGGAAAAUUUCUGAGAGACAAUGAAGAUUACAGAAAAGGUAGGGUCUAUAGAAGGUUCAGAAAAACUACAAGAGUAGAUUCUGAUCAUUAUGCCACUUCUGAUUAUGAGACAUCAGACACGGAUAGUGAACAAACUCCGGCCCCCACGGUAAAUUGGAAUCCACAAACCAAUAAGAGCAUAUUAAAGAAAGGUGUGACUUUUUUAGGGCAGAACCCCCGGGAGGGGGAUGUACAAACUCACAGACAGACCAGGAACAGGGGAAGAGCACGCAGACGCUACUAAAAAAUGAUAUGAGGGUUAUAAACCUGUCUGACAUUAUUCUUACAUCAACACAGAUGGAGGUACUGAUGAGAGGUUUAUCAUUCGUACCAAUCCCCCCAUUCAACCACUUUGAAUGGAUAAAAGAUGUAAACUUAUUUGGCAGACGUUUGGCCCUACACAAAUUUUUCAAAAUAAGAGAUGAAAAAAGGGCCAAAGAACUAGGUUUUAACCCAAGAGAAUAUCAAUGUCUGCAAGAACUAGUCUCUCUAUUAGAGAAUAAUGACACCAAUAUUACAGUAUCCUAUACCGAUCUUCGCCCUAAAAGCAGAUUUACACCUAACCUUAGAGAUUACAAGAAUAUUGACAUGUUUGUGGACUCUACCACAAAGAUGAUCAAAAAAAUCAAUACAGAUGUAUUAACAGUUAAAUCUAGAGGUAAUCUCUCAAGGUUAGAAUGGAAGGCACUUUGUGAUCUCAAAGAUAAUGACGAUCUCGUCAUUAAACCCGCCGACAAGGGGGGGAACAUUGUAUUAAUGAAUAGACAGCAUUACAUACAAACAGCUGAACGUAUCCUCCAUGAUGAUCAAACAUAUAGAUUACUUACGUCAAACCCUUCACUUAGAUUUCAAAGGGAAUACAAGACCCUUUUAGAUCAAGCCUUUGAUCAGGGUAUACUAACUAAAGAGGAAUAUGCUAGUAUCUUCAUUAAAAAUCCAACAGUGUCUACGUUUUAUUGCCUUCCAAAAAUACACAAGCAAUAUGAGAUACUUACAGCAAGACCAAUAGUAUCAGGGUCCAACAAUCUUACGAGUAAAGGAAGUAUAUACGUGGACAAAAUCUUACGUCCCUUUGUGGAAGAAUUACCAUCUUACCUAAAAGACACCAAGGACACUUUGAAGUGUCUAGCAUCAUUAAAAGCACCCGAAGGGGCAGUACUUUGUAGUUUAGAUGUGGAGGCAUUAUACUCCUCCAUACCACACUCAAGUGGUAUUGACCACGUUGAAUAUUUCCUAAUGAAAAGGGGUUUGGAACAUAUGGUCCAUACUAAAUUUGUACUAGAUCUUUUACGAUUCAUAUUGACCCACAAUUUCUUUCUCUUCCAAGAUAAGUACUACCACCAGGUGCAGGGAACAGCUAUGGGAACAUCUUGUGCUCCAGCAUAUGCUAACCUGCACCUGGGAUGGUGGGAAAAUAAGAUUGUCUUCUCAGAUGUACAUAAAGAAUAUACCGACCAUAUUUACUUAUGGAAAAGGUAUAUAGACGAUAUUUUAGUGAUUUGGACUGGAACUAAGGACUCUUUUGUGGAGUUUGUAGAUAAAUUGAACAUGAACAACUUCAAUCUCAAAUUCACCAUGGAGCUGGGUGAUCAAACACAACUUCCUGGAUUGUACAUUGACACUAACAGAGAGUCAGGAGGUGAAAACUACCCUCUACCGCAAACCCACAUCAACAAAUAACAUGCUUAGGUGGGAGAGCCAUCAUCCUAUCCCCCUGAAAAGAGACAUUCCAGUAGGUCAGUAUCUAAGACUGAGAAGAAACUGUUCUUCCCUUGAGGAUUUUCACUGUAAGGCCUUAGAAUUAAGGCAGAGAUUCAAAGAAAGAGGCUAUCCUGGUAGAUGCCUUAAGCAAGCGUACCAAAGAGCUCUGAAAUGCGACCGCGAGACCCUGUUACAGAAUACUAUAAAACAACAGUCUAAACAGAUUAGAUGCAUAGCUAAUUUUGAUGCAGGUUGGGAAGAUGCAAAAAAGAUCAUAGGGCGCUUUUGGCCACCCCUAACUCAAGACUCACAUCUUUGCGAUAUGGUCUCAUCUAAAGUAUCCAUUACGGCCAGAAGGGGCAAAAACAUCAGGGAAAUAUUAGUGCCCAGUCACCUUUCAACAUCAGGCAAAAUAAUAAAAAAUAGUUGGAUUACAGUGCAUGGCACAUAUCAGUGUGGUAAAUGUGUGGCAUGCACUUAUAUUGCCAAAGGUUCUAAAACUCUUACUGACUCCACGAACACCAUAAUAAUGCCCAUUAAAGAUUUCUUUAAUUGUAACACCUCAGGUAUGAUCUACUUACUAACGUGUAAGUGCGGCAUGAAAUACGUGGGCAAGACUAUACGCCCGUUUAAGAGACGUAUAAUGGAGCAUAUACAUUCGGUGACCUCAAAGAGAGACACCCCUGUUGCUAGGCAUGUGAGACUCAACCAUAUGGAUACACCCAAAUGCAUAAAAUUUGCAGGUAUUGAAAAAAUCAAUAUGGGAAGAAGAGGAGGUGACUUGGAUCAGAUGUUGUUAAGAAGGGAAUGUUUCUGGAUCCACAAGUUUGAUACCUUAUCCCCCAAGGGACUAAAUGAGGGGUUCACAUUUACUCCAUUUAUUGACCCUUCAUAGGAAUUUAUACUCUGUAAUUAUGUUCUUCUUAUAUGAUCUAUGUAAAUAUGUAUAUAUGUGGGUUCUUUUGUGGUUUCUUAUAUGAUAUUGAAUAUAAGCUUUUUAUAUAUAGAGGUGUGAAUAGGAGGUUAGGUACAGCUGGAUAAUUCUAUAGGUAUAUACCUUUAAUAUUUAGAAAUAGGGGUUUACAUCAUCGUUUGGAGAUAUAAGGAUAGUAGGAUCAUGAUAGAUCAUGUGAUACCUAGUACUCUAAUUACUUUAUGUGCUCUUUUGAUUUUAUAGAGUCAUUUAUUAUUUAGAUUUUAUUAAACAUAUUCUGUUGAAGUACUGUAAAUGUAUGAUUGUAAACAUCAUAUGAUAAAAUUCUGAUCAAACUUAGACAAUGCUUAUUAAAUAUUGCCCAUAUUUUUGGAUAAGUCACACAAUAGAUCCUAAGGUAUAUUGUGUGAUUUGGGCUUCCCCUAUGUAUGGCUUUAAGCACUUGUGUGUCGGGACCAUUCUCCGAUAUCCCCGAGUAAAAAUCAUGGAGGGGUGGCUUUCCAUUCACAUAAGAAAGAUCCCGCCCAAAGAAACGCCCACUGGGCGUGUUUAGUAUAAUCAGGACGGAUACAUGAGAUCCGUUAAUUUUGGCGGGAAUCACGGGGACAGCGAUGAUUGGUCUAAGCCACAUACCCGAAUAGGUAUAUAAGCAAACACCCAGCCAGUACCUCGUUUACCUUUGACAAAGGCGCUCGGGUAGCGCCGAAACGUGCGUCAGGACUUAUGCCUUAUUUAAUCACAGCACUUUUAUUUAUGCACUUUAGGAGGUAGAGAGUAUGGAUGGAGAUAUUUGAGAUAUUUAUUUAGAGUAGUGGGUAGUUUCGACAGACGGACAAGGAUAGCUCCAGCGUAUAACAAUGUGGAGUCUCUAGGGAGAGCACAGGCUACAACAGUGUAUUUAGUCCGACAUCCUGGUGAACAGAUAGUUCAGUUUCUUUUUUUUUUUUUUCUUUUUUUUUUUGAUGCUUACCAGCUGCCGUUCAUUUAGAGGAUACUUUGUAUCCAUAUUUACCAUUUUAGGCGAACAUUUGGAGACUGCUAUACCCUGUUAUACAGGAUAGUUUCUACCCAGACUGCUAGAUAUAUCUUUAAGAGAGAGACUUUAUACUAAGAUUUGCUUGUUAUGAUACUUUUUAGUAUCACUUUAUUCUCAUCUCAUUCUCCUCUUUCCAUCUAUUCUCUCUAGUGUGUGUUAGUUUUUCAUUAAGUUUUAUUUACUUUUUUUGGGGAACUUUUACCCUAUAAUAAAGAGAUUUUUUAUUUUUAUUGUAAUCACAAUACCCAGAGAACUCUUACUGUGUUCCUGUGGCGUUCUUCGGCCAGGGAUCACUUUCAACGUUUUGCAUUAAACUUUAAAAACUAACAAAACUGUUUGGACACUAUAGACCGAUUUCAUUACUCAAUGUGGACAUCAAACUGUUCACCAAAAUCCUGGCCAACAGAUUAAACCCCUUUCUUCCUAAACUGAUUCACCCAGACCAACAUCAGAUGAACAUUUGAUCUCAUAUGGUUUGUAAAUUACAGGCAAAUCCCAACUCUCAUCCUGUCGCUCGAUGCCGAGAAGGCAUUCGACUGGCUACUGUGGCCAUUCCUUUUCACAACCCCCACAUCCUUUUCUGAAUGCUCUUCAUACGAUAUAUUCUUUACCCACUGCAAACCUGCUCCUCCCUCUUACCUAUCCCCCCUCAUUUCAAAUAUACAAUGGCACGUGCCAAGGCUGCCCUCUCUCCCCCAUCCUCUUUGCUCUUUCCCUCAAACCACUGCUACAAUCCCUUCAGAACAACGACAAGAUCAAGGGCAUCAUGAUCUGAAACAAAGAAUUUUGACCUAUUGCUGACCCUUACUUCCAUACCCCGAUGCUUAAUGUGCUACAGGAUUAUGCGAUGGUCUCCGGAUACAGCCAAUAGAGAAAAUGUAUCCAUACUUACUGUAAUUUUCUUUUCCUGGCCAUUAUUCAUGGUAGCAUUUAACUAAUGGGUUAGCUCCUCCCUCUAGCCAAUAGGACAGGAAUUUUUUUUUUUUUUUAACAAUUCAGUGGUCAGGUAUAUAAGGAUCCUAGUCAGCCCAAGUUCCUCAGUCAAGUAACAAGCAUGUCCCCAAAGUGGGAGGGAAAAUUAAAUGCUGCCUUGAAUAAUGACCAGGAAAAGAAAAUGAUUGUAAGUACGGAUACAUUUUCUCUUUUCCUGGCUAAUCACAGCAGCAUUUAACUAAUGGGAAUACCCAAGCAGUAAAAACUACAGGGAGGGUAAUCAUGCCAAAUAUGUAUUAAACAUGAGCUGAAUUCAAAACAGAGAGACCAAAUUGAGAAUCAGCCACAGAGGCAACAUCCAGCCUGUAGCGGCUUCUCCUUUGUGUGAAACCUAAGGAAUGAUGAACAAUUGCUUGAAUUUCCUCCAAUCAGCAGUAUGUUGAAUGUAAGAUGGCAAGCAACACUUAAGAUCCAGUAAAUUACACCUUUCUUCUUUAGGAGAGGAAGGUUCAGGAAAGUAAUCUGGUAGGAGUAUUUCCUGGUUAAAAUGAAAGGACGUGACCUUGCAUAAGAAUUCAGGCCUCGGACGGAGGAUUACACGUCAUGAAGGAAGCAUACACAAGGCUCUUCAAAAGAGACUGCUUUAAUAUCCACAAUUCUCCUGGCUGAAACUAAAGCAAGCAGAAGCAACGUCUUUUGAGAAAGCAUGGUGACAGAAACUUCUAUUGGUUUAAAAGGAGAGCCAGUAAGAGCGUGCAAAACCAAAGGAAGAUCCCAAGGAGCUGUAAAGGUACGGAUCGUAGGCCUGAGUCUGAUUACUGCCUUAAAAAAAAUGAAUCACCAUCGGAUCUUCAGCCCAUCGUAUUCCUGAUAUGGCUGAUAAUGCUGAACAAUGCACCUUAAGCGGUUUGAGGCUGAGGCCUUUAUCCAGUCCGGAUUGCAAAAAUCUCAAGACUUGCAUAACUGAAACCUCUCCCAAGGAAUGUACUUCUUUCUUCAGCGAGUCCGCAAAUGUUUGCCAUAUCUUGUGAUAAGUGUAAGAAGUAGAAUUUUUCCUAGAACAUAACAGAGUAGAUACAACUUGUUCCGGAAUACCUUUAGAGAUUAGGAAUUGCCUCACAAGAGCCAGGCCCGUGUGUUUCUGGAUGUCGAAGAAGACCCUGGAACAACAGAUCCUCUGAAACCGGUAGAUCCCAAGAAUAUGAAUAAUGAAUAAAUCAAAAAUGAAUUUACUUCCUCACUUUUUGUACUUAUUUCAAGCCCUACCAAUCCCCAUAUCUAUGCCUGACUUUAAAACCUUGCAAACGCAUAUGGACAAGUUCAUCUGGGCCAACAAGCAAGCCAGGAUCAAGAGAGUGACUCUCUACAUCCCAAGUAGGCCGGGUGGACUAGGACUACAUCACUUUACACAUCAUUACUUUCAUGCUGCGCAAAUUACACAAAUCCAACACUUACACGUCCCCUACGGGAUCAAAAGGUGGGUAGACCUAGAACACAUUAUCUUUGUAAGAGACUUCCCUUCCUUGUACAUCUGGCUACCAAAAGACACAAGAUAUCCAAUGCCCAAUACCACUUUCCACACUUUUAAGACAAUGACUUAAUUCAUCAAUUUUUUUUCUCCAACCUACAACCUAUUCCAUUCUCAGAGCUCCCACAAUUACCUCACUCACAACAUAUGAUCACUUUCGUUAUCUCCAACUCUGGAGCUUCUUGGAGGUUCCUAUUAACAAAAAAGGGAGGCAGGUGUAACCAUCCACAACUUCCUUGAAAAAUCUAGCAUUCAAAACCCACUCCAAAAGGGACCAAUAUACAUAAUGUACUCCCUCAUUAUCACCACACUCACAGAGGGUUCACUGUCGAAUAUGUCAGAAUACUACACACCAAUAUAAUAUUAGAUCCAUGGAUGUGGCUACUCCCUAAGCCACAUAAAGACAACCUAAGAGCGCAAAACAAACUGAUCGCGUAUAUAGCUCUAGCCACUAGACGAGCAAUCGUGGAAAGAUGGGUAGACCAGAAAUACCCAUAUUAGAAAUAGUAAAAGCCAAGGUAGAUGAGGCUAGGAAGAUGGACAAACUUUACGCCCUUAUCUACGGCACCACUAAACUUCUCGACAAAAUUUGGGACCCCUGGAUAUUUGAAUUCCCAAUCCUACCUAGAGACCCCGAACCGGCGACGAGGGACAACCCCCCCUACUCUUCUUUCCCUCCCCCCAUUUUUUUCUCUGUUAUCCUCCCACUUUCUAUUCCCCCGCCCCCCCGCUACCCCCAUCAGUGCCUAUUCCACUCUAGGACAACUUCAUGCCCGAUACUGCUCUUUAACAGACACUAGAUUCACCAGUACCGAUUCCGGCCUCCUGCACUCUACAGAAGGCACAUUACAACACUACUACCAAUGACAAAAGAUGGAUUAAACCUCCACACUGCGUGGAUAGACACCGUUCAUUCACACCCGUAUACACUUAGACCACACACCACCAAGACAUCAACACCUACUUACCUACAUAGAUAAUUAAUGUCGAAAUGAGAUUGGGCACAACCAGAUGGACAAACAUAUCGAACUGGCCACUAAUGCUUUUUGACCCACCCGGAAAACGUAUGCCACCUAACAACCGGGAAUAGCUUACGAGCGACUGAUGAAUCCACAGUUGCAUAUAUGUAGCAAUUUCCUCAUCUACACACAUCCACCCUAGGAUGUAUCUCAAGUUGUAAUUACAUUGUUAUAUUGUACUGUUAAAUUCUCUGUACUUGAUGACUGUUACCACGCUCCUUGAAAACGAGCGCUAUCCGUCUAUAACACUACUGUCUCUCAAGAUAACCUAUGCAAGACUUUAUCUAACUGACCAAUAUAUGUCACCGGUCAUCUACUGUUUAACUUUUGUUUUUAGUUUUUUGCUUUCCCAUUUGCUUUCCCAUUCCCUGUAUAUUGAUUUGUAUCAUUCGGUCACUGCAAACUUAUCGACAAUGUAUGGAAAACAAAAUAUAAACCCAGUAUUAAUCCACCUUUUUUCCCUCCCAGCGCUGGUCUUUUCACUAAUGGUCCCCCUCUUUGGCUGAAGAUCAUCAAGAUCGAUGAUCUCAGCCAAUGCAAUGUUUUCCCAUUUUCACAUGGGAGAGCAUUGGGAGGCUGGUGUGCAGGCAAAGCAAAAUGCCUAUCUGCACCAAUCAGGAAAUCACCUGACUAAUAUAGCAGAUUUUUACUCUGCUGUUUUAUGGAAGCACCUCUGGUACCAAAAAGAAAUCUUGGUACCAAGUCACCUGUCAACACCCAGUACAAACAGAAACUGUAUUACAGUGAAUGGAACAUAUCAAUGUGGACGCUAGGACGCUUUGUAACGUGUCGCUACAUAGCCAAGGGAUCUAAAGUAUUAACCAACUCAUCCGGCACUGUGGAUAUCCCCAUCAAACAGUUUUUCAACUGUAACACCUUUGGUGUGGUGUACCUGCUGAUAUGUGAGUGUGGCCUUCAAUACGUGGGCAAAACCAUACGUCCCUUCAAAAGAAGGAUUAUGGAACAUGUCCACUCAGUAACUACCUUUAAGGACAACACUGUUGCUAGACAUGUCAGACUGCACCACAAAGAUUCCCCCAAAGGGAUGAAAUUUGCAGGAAUUGAAAAUAUCUAUAUGGGCAAAAGGGACUUGGACCUAGCUCAUAAAAAAAAGAGAGUGUUUUUGGAUCCAUAAGUUUGACACCUUGACAUCCAAUGGAUUAACGAGGGGUUUAUUAUAGAUACAUAACAUUUAUUGUUCCCUGCUUUCAUGCUGAAUUUUGUUGCUUAUAACAAAGGGUUAAACCAAAUAUCUUGUUCUUACAAUAACCAACUAUUAUAUAGACACAACAAGAAUGUAAUCUGUUUAUUUAUGUAUUUUUUCCGUCAUUCAUAAAAAUGACAGGAAUCAUAUUGGCCAUGUCCUAUAAGCCUUUCACCCACCCACUGUGUUUAUACCUCGCUAUGCCGGUCCCAAGCGAUGGUUCAUUCCAGCACCAUGAGACAGACAGGCAAUAUGAAACUGAACUUCUCAUGCACACCCGACUCAAGGGUUAAUUCAUCAGCCAGAAUAAGACUAACUGAAGCCUACCCCUCGACAUGGGUGGAUAUUUGCAUGAAGUAUGCGUGAAUGAAAUGAGAGUAGCAUGUGAUGCAAUUAUGCUUAGCCUGCAAAUGGACAUGAUUAAUGGCAGGUAGGGUCAUGCACACCCCUAGCCCUCAUUGGCUAAUACAGGUACAAACCUCAUUUUGAUCUCAUUUAAAAAGCAUCACAGCAGGUUGAACAUCUUAAUGCCUCAGAUGAAGGUGCUUUAGCAGAGCCGAAAUGCGCGUCAGGCUUCCUCUAUUCACAGCAUGAUUUUUGUUACCACUAUGGUUAGCUGGUGAAAGUUUUGGUAGAAAUUUCUAGAGGGGUAAUUCUCCUAAAUUGGGUUUAUGAUUAGGGCAGUUGUUUAGUUAGCAUGGAAGGUUUGCCUUUUGUUUAAAGCAAUUGUUGCUUCCUUUUACGUUUAGCCCUCUUUGCAUCAUUUUUUCAGACAGCGACCUUGAAGUCGACUAAACAAUUAGCAAGUUUAACCCCUUAAGGACCAAACUUCUGGAAUAAAGGGGAAUCAUGAUAUGUCACACAUGUCAUGUGUCCUUAAGGGGUUAAUGAAGGCUCAACAAGCUCUCUUUGGUAUCCUAUUGCAAUUUUGUGGUUAUAGAAUUUUUUGCAACAUUGUAUGUAUUCCCUUGAGGAAUCAUUUCAUAGGUAGUAUACUGCUUAGCAACUAAGCUCUUGGGUUCAACCUCUCUGUGAGUAUGUUUUUCUACUCACCACAACUACCUGAUAACAGACAGAUUUACUUUAUACUUGUCUCUGUUUUACAAUCAACCUAGCUUUUUGCCUUCAUUACAAUAUUUUUUCAGACAGUGACCAUGAAGUCGAUUUAGUGUUUAGCAAGUUCAAUGAAGGCUUAGCUAUAUAAUGUUUUUCAGAGACCUUAUCCCUCUGCUAUCCUUAGGUUAUAUGAUUUAAUUGCUACUUUGUAUAUAUUUCCUUGUUGUUCUAUCCAAUAGGUAUUAUAUUGUUCAAACUCUCUGAGUAUAUUUUUUACUCACCACUACUACCUUGUAAUCUAUAUACGAUUAGGAUUCAUAAUUGUCUCUAUCUUAUCAUUCCUUUAACAAGCAGCCUCCAUUGCUCCUUAACCCCUUCCACCCCAUUUCUUACUUAAAGCUUAUGAGCGCCCCUUUAUUUUGUUUCCUUUUUUUAGUGUUUGUUUUUUUGUUUUUUGUCUUUUUGGUUCAAUUACUGUUCCUUUAUAAACAUAAAUAACUUUAGUUUUAAUUGCACUGUAUUCAUAUAGGGUCUUUACUUUGUCCUCUGGAUUUUAUGUCCAUUGGUCAUUUCUUUGUGUGUUAUGUAUUCUAUUUCUAGGGUUACCCCCUAUUAAGUUCCCUUUACACACUCUAGACCAGCGUUUCCCAAACCAGUCCUCAAGACCCACCAACAGUCCAGGUUUUGUUAGUAUCUCCAUUGGAAUAAAACAGGGAAAUACAUAAAUUCUGGACUGUUGGUGGGCCAUGAGGCUAUGAUAGAGCAGUAACAAAGUUACUUAACCAGGGCCAUGGUGAAGUAACAAAGUUUAAACAGUACCUGUAGAUGCAAGUUGGUUGUAGUGUGCCAAAUAUGGCAAAAAGAACUUUCCCAGCCUGAUACGGGAUCAAAUAAUUCACUUACCCACCCAUGUUUAGCAGUCUGUUUCAUUGCCUGACUGGUUGCUGUACCUGUCUCAUAAAAGUUACUGAAUUCCACCUGCUCAGUCUCUUUAAAAGUUGUGGACAGCAGCAUGGUUACUAGAGACUGCUAAGGUUUCCCCUAUUCUAAAGCAAUGGUCUGUGAAUGGUUGUGGUCAGGGCCAGAAUAAGAGCCCAGUGGGCCUGGUGCUGACAAUUAUGAGGGGCCUAAUUACAGAAUCUUAUCGACCAAAAACACUUAAACAGUCAUACAUCUCAAGCGUCAUGUAUCUGAUGGAGUUGGUGUUGGAGGAAAACUCAAAGGAUGCGGCUAUAAGAAAACACAUACUCUAUGCUAAUCUCUUUUCUAAUUUAUGCUUUCAUCUUUCAAGUAAAUCCAUACCAACAGCAGUGUCCAGUAAAGCAGGAAGCCAAUUGGCAGGGUAAAAGAGUAGGCCACUGAUGCGAAUCACAUGACCAGAACUGCCAAAAAGGCGAACAUGCCCAAAAAGGGGGUAUGUCUGUCCAAAGAAUAGGAAGGCCAGCCUGGCAUCAGUGUGCCUAUGCAUCAGUGUCAGUGUCCCCAUGUCGCCCAGUCCCCUAGUCUCCCAGUGUCUGUGUGCCCAUUUCUCCCAGUGUCCCCAUGUCUCAGUGUGUCCCGUGUCACUAGGAUACUAGGGGACACUGAGAGACGGGAACACUGAGACACUUGGGGACACUGGGAGACAUGGGGGCACUGAGACACUUGGGGACACUGGGAGACAUGGGGGUACUUGUGGAUACAGACAUGGGGACACAGACAUUUCGGGACACUGAGAGAAAUGGGAUCACAGACACUAGGGACACUGAGACAUGGGGAUGCAUACACUGGGAGACAUGGGGACACAGAUAUGGGGACUGAGACACUAGGGACACUGGCUGGGAGGCAUGGGGACACUGGGAGCCAUGGAGACACUGGGACACUAGGGACACUGGCUGGGAGGCAUGGGGACACUGAGACACUAGGGACAUUGGCUGGGAGGCAUGGGGACACUGGGAGACAUGGAGACACUGUGUCCCUAGUGUCUCCGUGUCCCAAUGUGUCUACCUAUGUCUCACAGCGUCCCCAUGUGUCUCAGUAUCCCCACGUCUCCCAGUGUCUCAGUGUCACCAUGUGUCCCCUAGUGUCUCAGUGUCCCCAUGUCUCCCUGCUGCCUUUCCCCUCAUCCCUCAAUUCCCUGAGCUGUAGUCUGUCUCUGCAGGCUGAGAGCUGCUGUCUGAACUCUCUGUGCUGUGUAGCUGCUCCCCCGCGGACCAGUGAGUAGAGAGAGGCAGGGAGGGAUAUGCUGUAACUUCCUCUCUCUGUCUCUCUCCAUACACAGUGACCCCUACUGGCCAGUGCUGGUAUUGCAGAGUAAUCUCCGUUAAUACUGAGAAAAAUGUUUGCAUUUGUAUUGCCAUCACGGCCAGGCAGCCACAAAUACCAGCUGUGCCUUAAAAUACCAGUCAGGUGGCAAACCUAAGAGUAGUGUGUUAAAAAAAAGUAAAAACAAAAACAAAAAAAACUGUUAUCGUAAAAAGAGACCUUUAAGUAACACUUCAUAUAACUGUAGAUAAGGGCAUCCAGUACAGUUUUAGUAAUAGCUAGCAAACAAAUUCUGCAAUCUGUUCCAUAAAAGCUAGCUACAAAAUGGAAGGUUAAACUGAGACAAAGUUGAGUUGUGAGUAGCAUGAAGCUCCUGAUUAACUUUUGCAAUGGAAAAGCCUGUGACCAUUAAUAGUCACACGUUGUGAAGUAUCAUCUGAAACCAGAUAAGUGACAACUGUCGCCUGCCCUAGCUACCAUGUCCGUGUUUUGGCCAGCUGGUUGCCAAGUGUUAAAACCAAAAAAUGGAAUACCCUCUUAUUCAAGAAGGGGGUGUAUUCUUUCAAAAAGUGCUUUAUGUGAAAUAAAAUAGCAGCUCUACACACUUACCCACACAACAAACAAACAAUAACCUACUAGUGGUAUAAGAUAUACUUAUACCUAAGUGGAGUGCUAAAGUCAAUAAAAGGAUAUGGGUUGACUUACCCUAUGUGUAUAUAUAGAUAGAUAGGGAGGUUAUAGGCAGUACAUAAAAGACAAAAAAAGUAAAAAUAUAGUGCAGAUGGUAAUAUACAACACAUAAUAUGACUCUGUUUGAUCAGAUCACUCACGUUUGAUGGAGCCUAUAAAUAUUGGCUCUGUAUAGAUCGCUGGUAUGCUGUUAGGGCAGCAUCCCACCACUCCUUCAAUCCAACAUAUAAAAUACACAAUCCAGCGCGCACUCGCUUAUUCACUAAACAAUGAUUUUAAAUCUCACAGAUUGUAAUAGUUUUAUUUAAAAGCACCUCAGCUAGGCAAAAAAUAAUGGGGGGUUUAGUUACAAUAUAUGAUUAUACAUUGCAUAAGCCUGCCACAAUGUCAAUGAACCCCAUUCUUGGCAGGUCUUACUCUAGCAGCCUAAUGCCUGCCCUUAUAAGAUCAAUCUACUUACUUGGGAACUACUUCCUCCUGGGACUCUAUGCAGGUCAAGGCUAAAUAGGAUCCUAGAAUGAGGCACCUGUGACAGGGAGAGGUGCAAAACCAAGGAGUUGGCCUGUACUGGGCCGGCAAUGUGAAGUAUCACUGAUAUAAAAUGGAUAAAAUAAUUGAUAGGUAUUGAGAUCACCUUAUUUUAAACCUAAGUCCCGGCUCUAAGGUAUGUAGGUAUAGUGCCAAUAUACAUGGGAUGGCACUUUCCCUAAUGAAGGUUCCUGAGUCUGCAGAAGGCUCUCAGUAUAAAUUUAAUGACAAACAAAGUAAUAAAAACAGUGUAAAACAAAAUCAAAAUAAUAUAAAUUACUGUCCACACUUGUGUAAAAAGUCCUUGCCAGCCAAAAUGUGUUUCACUCCUCCUGAGCUUCUUCAGUCAGCUGUAAACCAAGUCUCAGGAAUGCUUCAUCUUAAGUAGUCUUAUGAUCCUUCCUCUUCACUCCAAUAUGGUUUGUAAUUAGCCAAUGGUGUUCAAUUCAGGCUAUCUUUUAAUAGAUCAAGUUCAUCUGUGUUCGGGGCCCCUUAUUGGAUUUUAUAAUUCCUGCAAUAUCAUCAUUAAGAUGACCUCAGAUGUUGAGGUUAGGACUCUAUCAAAUAUUCUCUACUCUGCCCUUGGGUGUUUACGUCCAAGAUGCAGUAUCUUGCACUUAUCCACAUUAAAUGUCAGCUGCCACAACUGUGACCAUUUUUCUAGUUUACCUAAAUCAUUUGCCAUUUGGCUCAUCUCUCCUGGAAUAUCAACCCUGUUACAUAUCUUGGUAUCAUCAGCAAAAAGACAUACCUUACAAUCAAGACCUUCUUCAAUAUCACCAUAAAAAAUAUGAGAAUGGGUCCAAGUACAGAUCCCUGAGGUACCCCACUGGUGACAAGACCAUGUUUCGAAUAUACUCCAUUGACUACAACCCUCUGUUGCCUGUCACUCAGCCACUGCCUUACCUAUUCAACAAUAUUGGAAUCCAAACUUAAAGAUUGCAGUUUAUUGAUAAGCUUUCUAUGUGCAACAGUGUCAAAAUCCUUACUGAAAUCUAAGUAAGCAAUGUCUGCUGCACCACCCUGAUCAAAUACUUUAGUUACCCAAUAAAAAAAAUCAAUAAGAUUAGUUUGGCAUGAUCUCCCUGAAGUAAACCCAUGUUGUCUCUGAUCUUGAAAUCCAUGUGAUUUUAGAAGUUCAACAAUCCUAUCCUUUAGCAAGUUUCCAUCACUUUCCCCACUACUGAAGUAAGGCUUACUGGCCUAUAGUUGCCCGACUCUUACAUGCUACCUUUUUUGUGAAUGAGCACAACAUUCGCUGUAAUAAAACGUCGAAUAAGGCCUUUUCUUAAAUUUGUUUUUUUAGAUAACUCCCUUAUUUGUUAUCCUUAUGUGGGAUUACAAUGUUUAAGGAUACCAAUUUAGGGAGCUAUCUAUGAAACAAAUACACUUGUAUAUACACUAAAUAAAAUUAUAAAUGAAACACUUUUGUUUUUGCUCCCAUUUUUCAUGAGCUGAACUCAAAGAUCUAAGGCUUUUUCUAUGUACACAAAAGGCCUAUUUCUCUCAAAUAUUGUUCACAAAUAUUUCUAAAUGAGUGCUAGUGAGCACUUCUUUGACGAGAUAAUCCAUCCACCUCACAGGUGUGGCAUAUCAAGAUGCUGAUUAGACAGCAUGAUUAUUGCAUAGGUGUGCCUUAGGAUGGCCACAAUAAAAGGCCACUCUAAAAUGUGCAUGUAUUUUAUCCUUUACUAUGUCUUACACCCUCUUGUGUGUCUCUUAUAACCCCCCUUGUGUAUCUUACUUUCCCUAGCCCCUUUGUGUGUCUCCCCCCUUGUAAUCUUUUUUCUCCCCACAGCCCCUUUCUGUGGCUCUCUCCCCACAGCACAUUUUGUUUCUUUUUCCAUGCGACUUAGACUUAGAUAUAUAGCAACACACAACCAUACAGGCACUCAGUCACAAAGAUAUGCAGGCACCCAAUCAAACAAAUACAGGUACACAGCCAUACAAUCUACCCAUACUGGUAGAAUGUCAUACAGACACACACACACAUACACAGAGACAUACAGACACAGGCAUACAAAGACAUAUAUAUACAGGCUCAUAGUCCUACUGAUACAGGCAUACAGAGCAUGUGCGAAUCCAUAGCCUAAUCUGGGGAAUGGCACUGGUAGUGGGUUUUAGUGGCUGUAAUUGAAAACUUAGGGGAUGUAGUAGGGGGCUAAGGGCAGUAGUGGGGGGACAGGGGCUGUAGUGGAGGGUACGUGCUAUAAUUGGGGGGCUUGGAAAUGUAGUGGGGGGAUAGGGGCUGAAGUAGGUUGAUGGCUACAAUUUGGGAAAGGGGCUGUGUUGUGGGUUGUAUGGGUUGCAAUUGGGGGACAGGGGCCGUAGUGGGGAUGUUAUGGGGCUGUAUUGAGAGUAUGGGGGCUGAGAGGGGGGGCGGGGGCUGAGAGGGGGGACGGGGCUGAGAGGGGGAGGGACAGGGGCUAAGGAGAGGGGCAGGGGCUGAGGAAGGGGGACAGUGGCUGAGGGACAGGCGACAGUGGCUGAGGCACAGGGGACAGGGGCUGAGGAAGGGGGGGCAGGGGCUGAGGGAGAUAAGAAUGGGGGCUGAGGAAUGGGCGGACAGGGCCUGAGUAGAGGGGACAGGGCCUGAGUAGAGGGGACAGGGGCUGAGGAAGAGGGACAGGGGCUGAGGAGUGGGGGCAGGGGAAGAUGGACUGUGGCUGAGGAGGGGAACAAGGGCUGAGGAGGGGAACAAGGGCUGAGGAGGGGGACAGAGGCUUAAGAAGAGGGACAGGGGCUGAGGAAGAGGGACAUGGGCUUAGUAGUGGGACAGGGGCUUAGUAAGGGGACAGGGCUUAGGAAAGGGACAGAGCUGAGGAAAGGGACAGCUGCUGAGGAAAGGGACAGGGGCUGAGUAAGGGGACAGGGCUGCUUAGUGGACAGAGAUUGAGGAAGAGGGACAGGGGUUGAGGAAGAAGGGCAGGGGCUGAGUAGGAGGACUAGGGCUGAAUAAGGGCACAGGGGCUGGGGAAGGGGGAGAGGGGCUGGGGAAGGGGACAGGGGCUGGGGAAGGGGGACAGGGGCUGGGGAAGGGGGACAGGGGCUGAGGAGGGGGAUAAAAAAAACCUAAAGUGUAUUCCCCCCCCUCUCCCUGAGGCUUACCUUGGGCCAGGCAGGGAUGGGACAGGAUCUGGAAUCUGGAGUCUGGAAUCAGUGAAAUCAAGCCUCUCCUGAUGAUGUCUGGAGGAGGGGUUGUGACGUCCUCUGCUCUUCUCCCAGACUCCCCAACGGUCCUGGAAGAAGAGCAGUGGAAGUCACGACCCUCCUCCUGACAUCAUCAGGAGAAGCCAGCCGACUCCGCUGGCUACAGGGAGGCAGGUAAGUUGAAAAAUCCGAGUCCCCAGCUAGAGGCAGGGGAUUCCGAUUUUUGGCGCCCUAAGACGGCCACUUGUGCCACCUUAUGGACGUGCCGGCCCAGCAUGUGGCGUUAGAUGUGCCCAGCUUUCCCACAAGCAAAACAUCAUAAAUCAGUAUGUCUCCCUUACCCACCGUUCCUCUCACAUUUUUCCUCUAUAUUAAACCUUAUUCUGUCUUCUUGCAUCAUUCAAGAUUACAUUCACAAUCCUAGUAUUCACCAGAAAACAACUCUACCCUAGUUCCAUGUCCUUACCAAUGAGCAAAUGCGUUCCAUCCAUUCUUUCCUUUUUGCUCUGAUGUCCUGCUGUUUGUACCUUCACUCCCAACUCCUGCAAACAGAACUUCUCUACAGCUACCCUAUUAGGGUUAUUUACCAAAGUCCAAAUGGCCCCAAAUCGAAUGUGGCAAAACCAUCUGGUUGCAAAUAGGGGCCAUUAGGACUGCAAAAUCCAGAUGGAAUUUAACAAUGUCCAGGUUGAGUAAAUCAGGCCCUGAACAGGCCUGAAUUUGGUCUGGAUAUCAGCUAUACUGAACACCACCGAAUGGUUGAAUUCAGGACUUAAUUAAUUAAAUCCAGGCUUCAGCUCUGGGCCUGGAUUUUAAAAUGUUAAAAAAUAAAUUAAUUUAUAAAUAAAGAUCCUAUGGGGCUCAAAAAUGCCUCCUUAUUACAAUAAUGGUGGUAUUUUCCCUCCAUUUGCCCUUAUUUGCCAUGCGGCAGGUGGGGGCUGUAACGGACCGUUUUGCCCAAAAGAGGUUAAAAACCGUUUAGGCAAUAUUCCCCUUUUUCAGCUGCACCGACAGCUACUGCAAGCACCAAUCUCCUGAACUGCAAACCCACGAAUUCACCAACUCCCGAACUGCAACCAAGGGAAUACUCAAACUCCCGAACUGCAUACCAAGGGAAUACUCGAAACUCCCGAACUGGAGACACACGAAUAGCUGCUAGCAGAUGAACAGGAAAAGCCCCCAAGCGGCUUACACUCCUGGCAAUCAGUCUCUAACAGCAUACAGUAAAUCCUCCCCCAAUAAUGAGACGACACUUUACUUUGAGGGUUAAGCAGGAACUGAUUUACUGGGGCUAACUGCCCGGCUUUUAUGCAGGUCUCCCACCUGGUGGACACUCCCCUAGGGGACCAAAUGGGAGACUGGGACACAAAGGGUUAAAGGACCAAUCAGACUUACAAAUUUCAACCAUCCCAUAAUGCAUCACAAUCCCUCCUCUCUGCCCUGGAGAUAAUUGGAAGUAAUCCAAUUAUCUCCAAAGUCAGAGGCAAAACUCCAUUAACCACAUGGCAGAAAACAAACAGUAAAAGACAUAAAAUUACAUACAGUUACAUGCAGUACAUAAAACAUAUACGUUCUACAUAUCCCCAGAUAGUUCAGGUCUGAGCGCACAUUAUUAAGCGAAUGGCGCUCAGACCACACGAAUACAGUUUAAUCGCCAUGGAGCCAAAGUCUUUACACAGUCAGUUUCAUGCGAAUGGGCUCCAUGGGAUACCUAUCUGGGGCACAACACACUCAAACAAAACUACCAAACACCGGGCCGUUCGUGCACUUCCACCGAACAAGAAGGGAGGUCGGCGGCUUCAGCGGUGUUUGCGCAAAACUGUGUCCGAUUUCAGUUCCAUGAAUUAAGCGUCGAACGCCGCUGCGCAUUCGCAUGUUUAAAAUGGCCGCGACCUCGUGUUCAUGAUACGAAUCGCGGCCACCCAGCAUUCGUCAAUUAAGCUGCGGUUAAAGGCAGCAGGUGAGCAACCAGGAUUCUCCAGUGUACAGUGGCGAGGUUGGUUUCGCCACAGGGGCAUAUCUACUAACAUGUUAAAACUAGCAAGUGGGCUUCCGUUGCUAGAAGAGGCCCCAUCAUGUGGCUUGUGAAAUAACGUGGCGGACAUAGUCCCCACCAUGCCACCACCCAUGGGAUUGGGGCUACUCUAAAAUGCCCCAACAAAUUGGCAACAAGUGUUGGCCCUAAUGUUAAUCAUAAAGGGGGGAGAACCUAGUGUCCCCCUGGCUGCCACCUAUUGGCGGUGGGUGGGGAUCCCAAUAUUAAUAAUUCAGUGGGGAGGACCUAGUGUCUCCCCCAGUCCCCUAUCAUAUGUGAGGGCCCUAACUAUUUAAAAAAAAAAUAAUCCACCCCCCCCCCCCAAAUAAUAGCAUCUCCAGCGUGGCUAGGGGUCCACAAUAAAAAACAUACUGCCUUCCUGACCUUCUCCUCACCCUAAUAAUAGUGGGGUGGGGGGGCAAUUUAUCUAAUACCUGUUGAAAACAACAAUAUACUUAUCCUCACUAGUCUUCUUUCUUCAAAUAAUUAUUUGAAGCCUAAAAAAGACCAAAUUAAUGUCCAUAAUUUCUGACACCACUACUUAUAAUAAGAAAUAAAACAUGAUUUAAAAAAACACAUAUGUCAUAUACUGUAUUUGUUAUGGUUCUACAAUGCAUUGAUUUUUUUUUUUUUUUUCUCAGUUAGUGCCACUGUCAGAUUUUCAGAAACACAGUGCAUCAACUGUAGAUCUGUCCACGUGUUUCACGCAAAUGGGACGCACAUGGAAACAGCUAGACUGGCCUGAUCCAGAGGAGGCAUUCAUGAUCAUGGUUAAAUUCACAGAGGUGAGGAAGAGAAGAGCAAGCUUUUUAUCAGAUGGUUAUUGACAUAGUCUGUGUUUUAUUCAUGUUUGUGUAAUGCCCUGACACUGCUCCUUUAGUGAGAGGAAUACACAUAUUAAUUGGCGGUAAGAAUACAAAAAAUGUAUUCCUAGUGCUCUAAUCACUGCAAGAGUUAAAAGAGGUCUCCCCCUCAUGAUAGAUGAUGUUAGCAAAGAUAUGAUCCGCAUAAAACGCCUAUUCUAUGAAAAGUCCAAUAAAAUGGACACACUACUAGCAAGGGCCCUCAGACCCAAACGCAUAGCGGCGAAUCUCACAGUAAUAAAAGACACCCAGGAAAAAAUCCCUAAACAACCCUAUAGAUAUCAAUAAGGAAUUCAGGGCCGGACUGGGACAAAAAUUCAGCCCGGGCAAUUAAAGGCAGAGCAGCCCACUCGGAGGGGCGAGGCCAGAAAGGGGACGUGUAAUGUCACCACCACUAACACGCACCCCCCACCAAAUAACUAUUUGUGUUGAUUGUAUGUAUAAAAGGGUCUGUUUGUGCCGUACUACGUGUGGCUAGGGGCUGUAGUGUGUGUGUGUGUGUUUCUGGGUUGUAAAGUAUGUGUGUAUGUGUGUGUGUGUGUGUGUGUGUGUUUAGAGGGCCUGUGGAGUACGUGGGCCUAGGGGAUGUAUAUUGUAUGCAUGUAAGGACUGUACAGUGUGUUUGUGAGUGUAUCUAGGGGCUCUAGUGUGUGUAUGCAUAUAGGGGCUGUAGAGCACAUGUGUAUAGGUGCGGCAAUGUAUGCAUAGAUGGUGUAGUGUGUACAGGGGGUGUAGAAUGUGUAUUUAUAGGGGAUAUAAAUUAGUGUGUGUGCAUGAAGGGGGUGUAAUAUGUGUGUUUAUAGGGAUAUAAAGUAUGUGAGUGCAGGGAGUGUAGUGUAUGUUUAGGGGGUAUAGAGUGUGUUUACUGUGCGUAUGUGAGUGAUGGGGGUAUAGUGUGUAUAUAAGGGGUAUAGAGUGUGUGUAGUGUGUUUGUGUGAGUGCAGGGGGUGUUAUGUGCAUACAGGUAUAUAGAGUGUGUGUAGUAUUUAUAGAGGGGUUUAGCAUCUGUGCAGUGUGUUUGUGUGUAAGUGCAGGAGGUAUAGUGUAUAUAGGGGUAUAGUGUGUGUAGUGUGUUUGUGUGUUAGUGCAGGGGAGCAGUAUGUUUGUGUGUUAGUGCAGGAGGUAUAGUGUAUAUAGGGGUAUAGUGUGUGUAGUGUGUUUGUGUGUUAGUGCAGGGGAGCAGUAUGUUUGUGUGUUAGUGCAGAGGUGCAGUGUGUUUGUGUGUUAGUGCAGGGCAGCAGUAUGCUUGUGUGUUAGUGCAGGGGGACGGGGUGCAGUGUGUCUGUGUGUUAGUGCAGGGGAGCAGUAUGCUUGUGUGUUAGUGCAGGGGGUGCAGUGUUUGUAGUGUGUCAGUGCAGGGGGUGUAGUGUGUGUUAGUGCAGGGGGUUCAGUGUGUGUGUGUAGUGUGUUAGUGCAGGGGGUGCAGUGUGUGUAGUCUGUGUUAGUGCAGGGGGUGCAGUGCAGUGUGUAAGUGCAGGGGGUGCAGUGUGUGUAGUAUGUUUGUGUGUUAGUGCAGGGGGUGCAGUGUGUGUGUUAGUGCAGGGGGUGCAGUGUGUGUAGUGUGUCAGUGCAGGGGGUGCAGUGUGUGUAGUGUGUGUUAGUGCAGGGGGUGCAGUGUGUGUGUGUGUAGUAUGUUAGUGCAGGGGGUGCAGUGUGUGUGUAGCGUGUUAGUGCAAGGAGUGCAGUGUGUGUAGUAUGUUUGUGUGUGUAUAUGUGAGGGGGUGUAUAUAGAUAUGGUCUUAAAUUAAUUAUUUAAUAAUUUAAAAAAAUAAAAUAAAACAAAACAAAUUCUCAUUUACUCCUUUUUAUAACUUUAUGGUUGGAUAUGGGCUUAAAUUAAUAAUUUAAUUUUAAAAACAACAACAUUUACUUCCUAUGUGCAGGGGGAGAGCAUACAUGCAGGUACCUGGUGGUGACCACCAGGUACCUGCAUGUAUGCUCUCCCCCCUGCACAUAGGAAGUGAAAAAUGAAAAAAUGUGACAGACUAUGAACAUAUUUGUUGUAUAUGAUACGCACCUACUAAACUAUGCUAACAUCGGCUUCUGCGCAAGCCACAACAAUGAAUGAAUACUAUGCCUUGAUACAUGUCAUGACCUAAAUAAAGAAUGUAAAAAAAAAAAGAGGUCUUCCCGCGACAGUAGAUGAUCUUAACCAAUCAAAUGCUUUCCCAUAGGAAAAAAUUGAGAAACAAGUGCGCAUGUGCGGCAACAUACCACGCUGAGCCAAUCAGAUGGCAUCUCUAAAAUAGCAGCUUUACUCUGCUAUUUUGGAAAGCGACUCUAGUGGCUGUUGACAACCACUAGAAGCUGGUUAACUCUGCAAAGCAAAUGUUUUCAACUGCACGGUUAAAAGGGGGCAGGGGUGGGGGCACAUAGAACCCAAACCACGUAAUUGAGAUAAAGUGGUCUGGGUUCCUAUAGUGUUCCUUUAAGACAAACUAUAGGUUUAUUCCUCUUUCAUUUAGGAACACACCAGUAAAGUAUUAAUAUUUCCACCUGAGCAGUUGAUGUUUUUUCUCAGAAACAUAGGAAAAUAGGGAUGUUUGUGGAAACAUCUAACUAGUUCAUAUAUAUUCUACUCUCAAGACCUUUUCAACAAAAUCAAGACACUUUCCAACUAUGCAUAGGGGUUUAUUAACUAGAAAUAGAAAUUAUGUGACUUGAAAGGCAACUUGCAUAAUUGAAGAUAAAAUACCUCGAAAUAUGUAAUACCUUUAGAGUUUAUUUCAAUUCUGUAUUUAUUCAUUUAUUGCAAAAUCUUUACAACUUCCAUGUAGAGCAAAGUAAGUAGUCUUGAUCUAAGCUGAAUCCUAUUUCUAUUGACCAUGUCACCUCAUUCUGUAGGACAUGUGCCGUAUUGCCCUUACAUACUGCUCACUGAUUAAGAAACGAGCUGAAGAACUAUCAGGUAGAGGAGACGCUGGAGGAGCUGCAAACAAGGUGAUAAUAAACAAAUUACAUUUUUUUUAAUUUACUUUUCUUUUUCUAUUGCCAUAAUAACAUGACUUAUUCCAUUUACUUUCUCAGCUGUGUCUUGUAGUAAAUAAUAUUGAACAGUUGCGUUUGGUGGUGCGGUCGUUGCCAAGGAAUUUGGAAUGGGAAGUUCUAGAGCACAAAACGAGUAAUGUUAUAAGCCAAGAGCAAUUCCAGCAUACAUUGAAUGGACAACUCCAGAUUGCUGUAGGAUGUCUGGACCAUGAGAUCAGAUUGGUGAUACAAGCACUGGCUCAGAAAGUUAGGAUUCCUUUCUUUGGACAUCUAAUCUCACUCUGCCUCCAUUUUCCUUUCUAUCUUUAAUAUUAUCACUGUCCUCAUUUUCAUAGAUUAUUUGUUUCUUGUCAGUCCCAAGGACAUUCUGUCUACACAUAUUCCUCUUUUUCUUUUCUCUGUAACACUCUUUGUUCCUUUUUCUCACUAUGUUCAUGCAGUCGCUCGUAUAUUUAUUCUGUCUCUCUGUCACACAGCUUGUCUCUGGAAUUGCUAAACACCUUCACUCUCUGGCUGCUUCAAAUGACUCAAAAGAUCCUAAUGAUGUGAGUAUGUCUCUAUUGCUAAUUAUUUAGUUCCAUUAUUUAUUCUCAUACUAGUAAUGCCCCCAAUCUCAUUAUUCUUGCAUUCUGUAAAUGUGCUUCUUAGGAUGCUAAACUCAUAGCCCUUUAAUUCCCUACAGUGUAUUGUACCAUUGAUGAAGUUCCUGGAAUCCGAGUUGCAGUAUAUGAACCAGAAUCUAGUGCAGGAAAACUUCAAUUGGUAAGAAAUUUAACAUCCCUCAACUCCCUUUGCGGAGUCACUGUCUCUCCUAACUUCACCCAAAACAUUAAAGUUUGUAGCGGAGUAGUAGUAUUAUCCACGGUAUCUCCGCUGGUAGACAGGAUAAUCCGAUACAAAACAGACAAAAUGCAGGUAGCGUAGUUACAAUCCCUUCCUCUCAAGAACUAGACGACACAUAGCUUGGAGGUCAACUGAGGUUUUUAAUUACAGGCACAGUAUUUAUGGGAUUCCCCAUGCAAGGGGUUUCCCUACUAACAUUCCAGGGGUGGCACAGUAGGGGACUACAUGGGGAACUGAACAAUACAUACAUUUUUCCCCACCAUGCACUGCUGCACAAGAGGGAUACUCCCACUAGAAUAUACAGCUAAGUGGAUUAUCCCCCGGUGCAGCAGAACUUACAUUUCACAUUAAAAUACAUAAUUCCCAUAAUAUUUCCUUAAUUUAAACGAAUGGACGCACGAAACACACAUUAAAUUCAAGUUCUACUCAAAGUACCGAUUGACAUCAUGGGAACAACCUACCGAGCGGCCGGGGCUCCCGAACGGCCUGGAAGUCCAGCGGGGUUCGCGCCGUCGAGUAGCCGAUUUUGGUUCCAGGCGCUCGACGACCAAACCCCGCUGGGCUAACAAAGGAACCAAGAUGGCCGACCGCCGCGUGGUCGGUAGCCGAACGACGGCCACCUAGGAACACACUUAACUACCGAUUGCAACAAUGUUGCAAUUGGUUAAUGGGUGCCACACGACCUCCUGUGUGUGGUCGUCCAUUCGGUAGGUUAUUCGUUUCACGAACAGUGUUGAAACUCACUGUUCGUGAAACUACAGUAUGAAUGCUGGGAUUUUCAUGCCGCCAGCAUACGAAUGCCCUCAUUCGCCUGAAAUGCAAUUACAAUCCUACACUUGUCUCUACAGCUUUAGAAAGAAUACAAACAGACUCAUACACUGAUAGUCUCCAGUGGCUAAUUUUGCCACAAAGUUUCUUUCACAUCGACCAUAUAUGAUACAUCAAUUAUUAAUGCACAAGCAAAAACCUUACUCCUUCAUUUACUCUGAGAUAGAAAUUUAUUUCCAUAACCCCUUUCCCAAAUUUAAUGUCCUUAGUUCAUCUUACUCCACUAUCUGGACGUCUCUGUUGACAUACUUGUUCCUUUAUCUUUAUCUUGCUGCAAAGUCACUGCUUUCCCAACACCCUUUUCUUAAUUGUUUAUCUUCUUUCCUCUGACUCUCUGACUUCAUGUUUGUUUACCCCCUUGCAGUCUCCUAUCUCUGCUCUGGUCUCACAUCCUUACAGUGAUCUCCAGUCUGUCGAAACAUUCCAGCUCCUCUCCCCGGUACUACCAGAGAUUGCACACUGCGCUAAAGGUGAGGCCCUAUGCUAAAAUGCAUAAAAGAUGGUAGAAUAUUAAGAUUAUGAUGUAUAUGUAGCUAAUGGACAGAACAUUUGAUUUAUCUAAAUUGUGGACCUCUACCGGUGGUCCUAAACUUUGUGUUUAGAUAGAAACUAAACCUUUGUGCAUGGCAUUAGUAAUAUAUACUAUAAAAACAUCUUUAAAAAAAUACCUUGGUUAGAAGUAAACAGUUUAUUGUAGGUUGUUAUACACCAGAAAAAGAAACACAGGUUGAGUCAAAUAACAAUAAAUAUAAUUUUUUUUUUUUUAAAGUACAACUGGAUUAAAUCCAUGAGGUUUAAAUGUGGACAAUUCUUGAUCUUAAUGCUGCUGGGCUUCAAUUCACAGAUACAUACAAAAGAGAACAGAAAUAAAAAACAAUGGUGCAGAUUUAAAUAGCAAGUUGGCAUACACAAUUAAAUAAAACCUGUGAAUGCUGCUCACAUUUGAAAGAGUUUCAAAUCAGCUCAGAUAUUUAUGUCAUUCAGUAUAUUGGAUCCAGUGUUAAGUAUAUAUUCCUGAUAGGUGACUGCCAGUUGUGACCAAUUGUGCAUGAAUAAUACGUUUCUCAGACAAAAUAUAUAAAAACCAAUAAUGUAAUACUGUAUAUGUGAAUAAAUGUGAGAAUAAUACACUCACAAUGAAGGAGCCCUCAACAUAAUCUCAAUGUAUCAGGCAUAUGGUGGUACAAUCACCACCUAUGGAUAUAUGUAGGUCCUAUGGUCUUCAGCAUCGACAACAUAUGCAAUAGAGUAAAAAAAAGACCAACAGUGCUCUCCUUCAAGGUAGAAAGUGCAGAGUGUAAUAAAAGAAAUGUACUCACACUUUUGUGAGCAGCAUACUCUGUUCAAACUUCUCAGUAUUGGUGGUAUGAUCCCCACAGAGGAUUAGAAGAUCGUACUGCAGAACACUGAUUGUAAUGAUUUCCAUGUGUAACAAUUGGUCCUUACACACACAUAUAUACACACUAUACAUAUAGCUGGAUAUGAUCAGAUUUCAAGGAUCCUUUCUGAGGAAAAAGGUUUUUUUUUGCUUAUGACAAUUAAAAUUUCAUAGGUAUAUUAUUUGUUCUAGAAUCUGGAGCUAUGUUUCCAUGCAGAAGGUUGUGGCCUGCAGCUGGAGGACCUUCAUAUAUCCACUUUCACGGUAAGUUUAUUGUGUACAAGUGCAUUAACCUGCUUUUUAACAUGCUCUUUUCCUCUUAUGUCCUCAUCCCUUCCAGCACAUCUCACUCAAAUCACACACCUUCUUCCUUACAUCAUUUAACUUUUCAGCCUUUUCCAUUCUUACCCAGAACUCCCCUACCAUACCAGUUCUUAAUCCUUGACAUUUUCUUCUACUAAACAUACUUUGUUUGACUUUUUUCUCUCUUCCAUGACGCCAGUGUGUUCUUUUCAUUGUAGUUACUUCCUCUCUGGACUGUAAUCUUAAUCACAUUAUACCCCCAUCCCAAUAUUUCUUCCCUCCUAGAACUUACCUUCCAGUUCAGCUCACACACUCUCAUUCUUCUCCUAACUUAGGGGGAGGUAACUUUCAGCACUCCAAAUGUUAUGGACUACAACUUCCAUAACAGCCAUAAUGAUGGCAUAGCAUCAGGGGAGAUGUAGUCCACAACAUCUGGAGUGUCAAAUGUUAACUACACCUGUUCUAUCUCAUUCUACAACUCUUUCUAAAGCAUGUGAAAAUGCAUGUACGAUGUCUAGGAAAUCACAUUAUCUUAGGAAACCACAACUGUUUAUUUGUUUAUAUUUAAAGGGAGCUGUUGCAUCCUAGGAUUUUAAUAGUAGUUUAACUUAUCCCUUAUCUUUAACAAAUAUAUAUUUGUGAGCUGUGUAGAAAUGCACAGCCCUUGAACUGGGCUCUCGGUCAGUCAUCAUUAUAAAUGUUUCCCUUUUCCGCCACUGAAUACAAUUAGUGGAAGAAGAAAAACAGAAACAGUGUUUCUAUUUUCCUCUUAAUUUGCAUUUUAUGCCAUGGCUGUGCCCUAACUAAACUGAAUUUUGAUGUUACUUACUAAAUCUUCAGAAAAUAAACAUUUUACUUAAGUAUUGAGUGAUUUUCAAUGUUUUAUUCAGUAAUGAAAUUUUGAUAAUGACAUAUACCCUUUAAAGGCAUAGUAAACUUGUGUUUACUUGCAUAGUAAAACUGUUGAUGUCAGAGACUGGAAAUGCUCCAGUUAUGCUAACUGCUGUCUUAACUGUUACUGUUUAAUUGCCUUCAUGAUGCCGUGCAAGGCAUGGCCAUGUGAAAAGAAAAUGCAAGCUCCAUAAAUGUCGUUUUACUUUAAUCAACUCAUACCUAUGAUACAUAUGUAUCCACUAAAACACCCUGUAACUAUGGCAAUUUAAAAAACCUCAGGAUACUAUUGUUAAAAGAGCUAAACUGGCUAUCGCUGAAAUCCUGACGCACUCUUCAUCUUCCCAGCCUUGUGUAUUAGAGCUUUUUUUGCCUGAGCAGAAUGCUCUCCCCAGUUCCUGACCCUAUAGUGAUCCUUUAAUGUAAACUAAAGUAAAUAUGACUGUAAAUAAAAUACCACAUAUUGGCACAGUAUUACAUUUUAGGUAGAAAGGGACAUGUUAUUUAUUCAGGGUAUGACAAAGUAGAGUAUUAUUAUUAUUUAAUUUUUUUUCAGUUUUCAGCUUUUGCUGUGGAGUCAGUGUUAUUUAACUGAAUUGCAUAUACUUUUUCACUUAUUCUCUGCCUUGCAAGAUUUCAAUCUAUUACUAUGUGUUAUCAAAACUGAAUGCGACUUAUUCCUUCUGUGUAGGAUCUGGAGAAAGAACUUCAGAUUUGCUCAUCUUCCACUCGGAAAGUCAUAGAGUGUUACUACCAGCAGCGGAUCCAGCAGCAAGUAAGUGGUCCUUCAUGAGAUUACUCUGGAGCUAGUGUUUUUCAGGGAAAGGUUAUAUAUGUAAAAGGCUCAGCAGAGAAUGAUUAACAAUCCACAGGUUGGUGGCUCACCUUCAUUCUUCAAAUACAUUUUGAAUCAGGCUAAGCAGAAUAAUGGUACUGUGGCACCUGUCCAAAACCUGGGCCUUAUGUUAUCUCGCUCUGUGAAGAGCUGUGGAUUAGUGGGGACUGGUGACAUUUUACGUUGGGGGGAUCUGGAUCUGACUCUGCCCCCUCUGUUCUAAUUUACUGAUGAAUAGGAAUAUGUCUGUGUGGCACUAUUACCUUAAAAAUAUUUAAACGAUCUAGAUAUUUUAAAGACAAAACAAACACAUAUCCCUAUAUUUCUAUUCAGGAAUGGAAUUAAUUAAACCAUGAGAUGUCACCAAAGGAUUACUUGUACUUUUUUUGACACCAUGGGCAGCAACCUAUGGCACUCAAGGUGCCUUUGCACAGCACUUAAGGGUGCCAGAGCCAAACAUGCUGUGACCAAUCAGGAGUUCCAGUGGGACUUUAGAUAAUUGUUAGCUGAAACUGAGUGUUGAUUCCAAUACCACAAUCAGUCGCACACACACACACAAUGUGACAUAUCAUACACACACACAAUUCCACAAGCAUCCACCAUACACAGCCCACAUCCAUGGGUAUCGAACACACUGCCACAAACUGCUCAUGAACAUAUACAAUAUAACAAUUCACAUACGCACAAAUACAACACUGUAAAGCAACUGCAGCACCCAUAACUAAUACGGGAACAUACACACCUCAAUUUAAAAAUAGGACCGGCGCGCCAAUGAACUUUAAGAUCUUGUUUUGGCACAGUACGACUUACACGUUGCUUAUCCCUGCACUACACCAUAUGGUAUUUAAACUGUUAGUUGGUUAACCCUUUGUGAAUAAUAUAUUCUCACUGACCAUAACCACUGUAAGCAAGAGUGAUUUUAAUCUAUUUAACUUUUGCUCCUCAGACCUCUAAUUAUAGAAAUUUUAAGCAGCCUUCAUUGCUACAUAAUUCCUUGGUGAGACUUCAAAAGUUUCAUACUGCUCAGCAACUUAGUCAGUUAGUUAACCUGUGAGUAAAAUAUAUCCUAGGGAUUCGUCAUAGGUGGGGGGUUGCUGAUUUCAAUAUAUUGUCAUCUAAUUUCAUAGGUCCUAUAGUGCUUAGCAAUUCUAAUAGUUGGUUAACCCUUUGUGAACAAUGUUUUUCACUCACCAUAGCCACUUUAAGCAAGAGUGACUUGGAUCUACUUUACUUUCAUCCCUCCUAUAUAUAUUCUGAUAGUUGGUUAACCAUUUGUGAACAAUAGAUGGUGACAUGAGCCGGACUGGGAAAAAAAUUCAGCCCGGGCAUUUUUAAAUCACGGCAGCUCCCAGAGAGGGUGUGUUUUGUCAUCACUAAUGACAAGCAUUGCCCCUCUCUAAGUGAGCAUGUUGGUUCAAUGCGCAGAGCCCUGCUGAAGAGCUCUAGCAUGGGGAAAAGGCCCUGUAUUUGUUCUGAGCAAAGCAAGCAAAUAUAAUAAAGCUGUAGAGAGUGAGAGAGUGUGUGUAUAGGGGGCAUAGUGUGUAUAGUGGAUGUAGUGUAUGUGUUUAUAGGUGAUGUAGUGUGGGCAGGGGCUGCAGAGAGUGAGAGAGUGUUUAUAUGGGGCAUAGUGUGUAUAGGGGAUGUAGUGUAUGUGUUUAUAGGUGAUGUAGUGUAGGCAGGGGCUGUAGAGAGUGUGAGUAUAGGGGGCAUAGUGUGUAGGGGUUGUAGAGAGUGUGUGUUUAGAGAAUGCAGUAUGCGUUUGUUUCUAUGUCAGGAAUUUAGUGUGUGUAGGUGUUGCAGUGUGUGUGUAGGGGAUCUAGUGGGUAAAGGACCCAGAGUGUGUAUAUGAGAUAGUGAGUGUGUGUCUCUCUGUGUGUGUAUGUGUGUGUAGAGGAUUCAGAGUGUAUAUAGGGAUCUAGUGUGUGUGUGUAAAUUAGAUGAUCCAGAGCUGGGAUCUAGUGUGUAUCUGGAGCGUAAUGUGUGUAAUGGUGUGAGGGGUGCUGUAGUAUAUAUACAUAUAUAUUUGGAUGUAUUGUAUGUGUGAGGGGCGCUGUGUGUUGGGUGUACUGUGUGUAUGUGUGAAGGGUGCAGUGUGUGAUUAAGAGGGUGUUCUUAUCUGCCGUCAUAUUCUACGUUUCUAAUUUUAUUUGUCUGUUGACUCACUGAGGGUCAUUUUAUAUGUUAUAUAUAUAUGUGUGUAUGUGUGAGGGUGUUGUGUGUAAUGUUCCUGUGUGUGUAAGGGUGCUGUUAGUGUAAGUGUGCUGUGUGUGUGAGAGGGUGCUGGGUGUGUGAAGGUGUUGUGUGUGUCUGUGGGUGCUGUGUGUGUGUGUGUGUGAAUAUGUUUUGAAGCAUUGUGUUUUGGGGGAGGACAGAUUUAAACAUAUUAUAUAUAGUUUUUUAAAUAAAAAAAAAGUAAACUUUAUAUCUGCCCUGGGAGGGGGGCUGUGCAAUCAACCCUGGUGGUCCUAGUGGUGAGUGAACUCUAGUCUGCAGGGCUAGAGUUCACUCUCGCGAGAUCUGAGUGUUGCCAUGGUAACCACGGCAAUGCUCCAGAUCUCAUGAGAGGAACCCAGCAGAGCUGCAGGUUAGAGCUCCACCGGGUCCUCUCUCCCUUCCUCCCCAGCCGGCGGCUGCGUGUAACUGCCUGUGAUCUCGCCACCGACCCAUGAAGGCACACAGCAGGGCUGGCGUUCGCAUAAUGCCAGCUCUGCAUGGGCCGACAGGGGAGAUCCCAUGGCCAUCGUGGCCCACCAGGCAUUUGCCCGGUAUGCCCGAUGAGCAAUCCGGGCCUGAUGGUGACUAUUUCCUCAGGAUUCCUUUUGGGGGAGGGGGGGGUUAUUGAUUUCAAAUCAUUGUCGAUAGACUUCAAAAGUUUCAUACUGUUCAGCAACUUACAAUCAGUUGGUUAACCCUUGGUGAGUAAAAUAUAUCCUAGGGAUUCCUCUUAGGUGUGGGGUUACUGAUUUCAAUAUGUUGUUGCUUUAUUUCAUAGGUCCUAUAGUGCUUAGCAAUUACAAUAGUUGGUUAACCCUUUGUGAACAAUAUGUCUUUCACUCACCAUAACCACUUUAAGCAAGAGUGAUUUUGAUCUAUUUAACUUUUGUUCCUCCUACCUCUAAUUAUAGACAUUUUAAGCAACCUUCAUUGCUACAGAACUCAUUCUACCCCUCUUACAUUGCAGAGCUUAUUAGCUUUUGUUCUCUACUCUCUGUGUACUUAUAAGGUUCCUUUUUCCUUUUCUGUUGUGGUUUGCUAUAUAUUUUUAAUUAAUAUCUAAUAAACUGAAUUUUGUAAUCAUAUUGAAUAACACAUAGUAUCCAUAUAGGGACUUUGUUGUGUCCUCUGCACUUUGUAUCCAUUAAACAUUUUCUGUAUACAAUUUAUCUAAUUCUUAGGGUUACCCCCUUUGAAGUCCCUUUACACACUCCAGGCCCCCUUUUGGAGGUCUUCUCCUUUUCAUGAAUUUUUAUUCACACAGGGGCUUAUGGGAAAUUUAUACUACUCUUACCUAAAUAUACAAGUAUCUGUAUUUGUACUAUAUAAGUAUAUCUGGAUUAGUUGAGAAGAUUUUUUUCGACUCUUGCAUAGAAAAUAUUAACACCAGGAUUGGCUGAAGAGUUUCAUCUACUUCAAAGUAUGAAGGAAGCUCUCUGCAGAAACUGCAAAUUCAAUGUAUUUGCAGCAAAUAUUAAAACUUCAUAGUAUCUUUUCUUUUUCUUUUUUUUCAUUUUCUUGUGCAAUGGCAUAACAAUACAACAUUGAGCACAAUAUCACAGUAUAGCAAAGAGAUGACAAGUAUUGCAUUAAUCACAUUGCUAUGUAUCUGCACAAUUUUUAAAUAAUAGAGCAAGGCAUGUAUACAAUCGUGUUUCUACCAGAAUAAUUCCCCCAGUAGGCUCCUAGAAAUAUAAUAGGUAAAGGUCUAGAACAAUUAAGGACUAAGAAAUAAUUAGAUACUAAUUGAAAUUUAAACUGAUAAGGCAAUAGGAAAACCAAAAUUGAAUAAACUUGUUGCUCCACAUUGAGUUAUUUUGUGAAGUAGUGAUGUGAGGUGAGAUACCCAAAACCCAGAUCAGCCUAUGCCCUCCAAGGGCAGAACAUAUUCCCACCGAAUGAAGCAGCUCUUCAGGUCAAGUUGCCCAGGUGUUGGUAAAUGCAUUAUCCAAGCACAGUAGUGGAAGAGUCCCAUAGUUGUCAUUUGUUUAACUCUCAGUCUUUCAGCCCUCCAAUGAGUCCCAAGACUUUCCUUGUGUAGACCAAGCCUUGAUGCGGGCCCAUACUCAGCCCUCCCCAAUACUUGUUGUUGGGGCCACCAUAAUUGCACCUUCUCUAUGGUUGAAGCCAUUGAAAUACAUGUAGGGGUGGACUUUGAGGUGAGUAGUCGCUCGUCAGCCACAGAGCAGGCUGGUUCAGUGUAUUUUUCAGUUUCUGCCAAACAUCCGCAAAGAUUUUGUCAAGCUGAGACAUAAUACUGGACAUCUUACUGCAGUAUUCACAGGGGUACACAGCAUCUGCCAUGUUGAGUGGGACGCUAUAUCUUGUGCCUAGUCUCACGGCAGCUCCACGUCAUUACCCCACCAGUCCAAAGGGUGGGGGGGAGGGAAGGGGAGCAACAAGCAUCGUCUUGAUGCUGUUGGGGCAUAGCAGGAUUCUGCAAGAAAUACUUCAAGGCUAAUUAGUCAGUUCUAGGAAAAGGUAAGUCCCAACCAAUCUCAAAAAUCAUGUCAAAAGAAAAGCUUAAAUUAGCUAUAUUGUGAGAUAAGCAUGGAGCUCUCCAAGUCACGUCCAUCCGCUAUAACCAUCACGUCCUGCCCCCUCAAAGUAUCUUUUAAUUUUUAUAAUUUUUUAAUGUAUUUUAUUUAUUUUGAAUGUAUUCAAGCUAAAUUCUGCAUGCAGUUUAAUUUGAUGAUGGAAUACUCUUUGACUUCUGUAACUGUUCACAGCGGGAAUCCACUUCUGAGAAAUAUGGAGCAGUCACAAUAAAAGCCAGCUAUCUACCGUCAGAGCAGAAAUUGAGAGUGGAGAUCCUUAAUGCAGUCAAUCUCAUUCCCCGAAAUGCAAAUGGUGGGUCAAUGAUAUACUUAUUGGUUUAAAAGGGGAAUUCUGUCUUUACAUAGAUUUACUUGGUAGAGAACAUCAAAAUGUGUUGUUUUUGUGUUACCUACACAUCUUGUUUUAAACAAAAUAUUGGUAGAAUUAAAACAACUUGGUAGAAAAUAAAUUAACACUUAGGGCAAAAUAAUUACAUUGGAGAGACACUUCACUUGAUUACUACCUAUUUUCUUUCUAAUUUUCUCAAUUUCAUUGUUAUUGUCAGGGAUACUUAUAAAAGUGAAAAUUCUAAGUGAAUUUCAAAUGUGCGACCAAAAUUGCCCACUUGAAAAAGCUAUGAUUCCAGUUUGGCUUCUUAGGCUUGAAAUAAAAAUGUUACCUUCAAUUCUCACUUUAGUGAAUAGCACUGUAUUUCUCCUUUCAGUACAAAUUUGUAUCUGUUAAAUGCCUGAGAAUAUCCCCUUUGUGUUAUGCUUUGUGUCUCAUACUGACUGUAACUGAUUUUGUAACUAAGAAGGCAUCUUGAUAAUUAUUUUAAAUGUCUUUCUAAUUCUGCCCGAACUAAUGUACUGCAGCACUGCUAACAUAUACUGUUCACUUUCAUUCACUCAUUGUUAACUUCUAACUCGUUUUGUAGCUCAUCAUUCUAUCCACGCAUUUUGAAUUUUAUCCCAGUCUUGCUUCCUUGUUGGCAGUUAGUCUCUGUGAUAUUCCCUGAUUCACUCCCUGCACAGAAGCAGAGAAUACAAUGUAAACUAACUGUUGGUUUUUAAAACACUGUCUGACCCAGUGUGUAUGUAUAUGGCUGAGGAAUCAUGUUAUACACUAUAGGUAAGGAUGAGUUUUUUUUUUUUUUUAAAUAUAGUUUCUUUAAAAAAAAAAAUCUAUUUUGCCCCAAAACUUGAUGAAAGGAUUAGUUUAAGGUAACAGUCACCUUUGAACUGGCUGUGAAAGUUCAAGUAUUUUACCACCAACAUAGAACAAGGAUUCUUGUUUGCUGUUCCACUGCAGUUUUGAUUAGCCCCUCAAUGUCCAAUGACAAUGCAUGCCAUGAUUACAGGUUGGUCCAUGGUAUCGUUCUAGAAUAGAAUUCUAUGCUUAUUUACCAUUAGCAGCUCAAUCGAUCCCUGCUAAUGCUUAAUAAACAAGACAUGCCACGGAAGAGUAGGUUUUGUUAGGACCAAAUUGUGACAUAGACUGCCAUUCAAUGGGUUACAAUUACCAUGGACUCCAACUUCAUUAGGUUUCCUGCUUUACCUCCCACACAGGCAGCUGUGACCCAUUUGUGCAAAUCACACUGGAACCCAAGCACCUAUUUCCAGCAGUGGAGCAACGUUCUACCCAAACACAGAAGGAUGAACUGAACCCGCUGUAUGACGAGACCUUUGACUUGUAAGUUGUUUUUAAAGAAUGACUUUUAUAGCCUUGAAAUCUAGUUCUGAUUAAAAAUCACCAUAAAUGAGUUAACCGAAGAGACUUAAUCAUUGCACGAUUUUGUAUUGCUUGGAUAACAUUAUAAAUAAAAUCCUGUGUAUUUCUGUGAUGAGAAAGCUAAACCCAAACUUUCACCCAAUCUUUUUUUUCUUUCUCAUAGCCUUGUCACCCAUGAGCAAUGUGAAGUGGCCGGAGCUUGCCUUUUACUAUCGGUCUUUGAUUAUGAAACAUUUCUGUCUAAUAACUUGGAGGGGGAAGCAUUUGUGGCCUUAGGAGAUCUUAUAUCAUUACAGAAUGAACAGGAGAACAAUGGACAUUUGACCAACAUACCACAGAGGCGAUUGUCCCUAAAUCAACCCAAUCCCCAAGGUCAGAAUAUAUUUCUGUAAUAUUCCUCUGUCACACAUAAGAAUUUCUACAUGAAUAAAUCAUGAAUAUUAAUUAAUUCUGGAGCGCUGAAGUUCAGUAAUGCAAAAAAUGAAGAAAAUAUUUUUAACUUUCUCUGACUCUCUGGAUUUCCUUAAUUUCAGGAAUAAAACUGAUAUAUUAGUGCUGUGCACUUUAAAUAUAAAAGACUGCUACACACUCAUGUGUUAUACCCCAACACACAAUUUAGAAUGCAACCCAAAACAGAUAGAAGUGGAGCAGUAUUAUUUAGUGCAUAUUCCCCACACCAAAAAAUAAAAAAAAGAUAUGUUAUACCUAUAUAUCCAUAAGCGGCACCUUCAAUCAUUCAGCCAACUCAGGGAUGCAUAUGCGGAAAAACAGAUAGUGCAAAUAAUAGUGCAUUACCCUUUUAAAAUAGGAUAAUUUCAAUGGUGGUGUAUUACCUACAUUGAACAGAAAAACGUGAAUAGUGGUUUACUGAUACAUAUAUGAAUGGAUAGAUGUUAGUAUUUUUAAUUUAAAAAAAUUAACGCUAUAGCAAAAAAAUCAACAUAUUAAACACAUAAAAAAUACUCCUGCAUACCGGAAAAAGUGGUGAGUAAAAACAGAAUUCCACCGCCACUCACAAACUGGCUUACUCACUCAGAACCUAUCAGGUCCUGUGUUCAGGGAUCCUCUAGUGUGCUCAGCCGUCCUUACAACACUGAAUGCAGCUUUCUCCUGGUGAUUUUGAAAGUUCCCUCUGUUCAAUUUGAAUGCGUUCGGCUCCGUAACACUCCGCCCACCGCAUUUUGCUGGUUACUUCUGGCUUCCUCUGGAUGCGAUGCUGCCUUUCCAUCUUGGAAAGGGUAAUCCCGUUCCAAUCGCCCUAAUUGGUAUGUUUACAAGUCCUUUAUUUACAUAUUGUGGUGUGACCGUGUUCUGUCCAAGUUCAUAAUUAGUAUUUUUUCCAACCAAUCAGCAGGAUGAAUUAAUCAUUAUCCAUUCAUAUCCAAAAACAUUAAUAUACAUUUUAUUUUUCACAUCUCACAAAUACAUAUUUGUUAAAUACAGAGGAAGAGUAAACACAAAAUAAAAAAUCCAGGGAAGUGAAACUUCCACUUUAUUUUGCUCUGUUGAUUUAGGGCAGUACCGACCAACCAUGGCCACGGUCCUGGACUAAAUUGUGGGUACUGGAGACCAACCAAGAUAGAGGGUGAAAACAGGACGUUGUUAAUGGAAAAGACAAAACAAACAUUCAUAAGUUAAGUGUUUAUGGGCAUAUACAGGAUUGGAUUUCCCAUUAGGCAAAGUAGGCUUAUGUCCUGUAUGGGGUACUUCACAGGAGGUGGCUGACCAGACUACAGAAGGCAUAGAAGAAUGAGUACUUUGCAUGCAACCCUUCAAACUCCAAAUGUUCUAAACAUCCCUUAUGAUUAACCCUGAAUUUAUCUUCUCUGUCCCAAAUGUAAGCACUAAAAGCCCAUAACUUGAAAACCCUCUACCUUAAUCAUAGUUUUAACUGCUCUUACUACACUAAAUACACCAUAAACUCCAAGACACCAUAUACUUUACCCCAACCAUACCCCAACCAUAACCCUAAAAUCUUCUGUACCUACAUUAUACUAAAUUUGUAAAUUGUACUAAAUUUAACAUUACUGUAACACGCCUUAAAACACAACCUCUUAAGCUUUUAAUCCUCUUAUCACUAAACAAUCUAUGCGACCUCACUCUGAUAUUAACCCCUCUCUAACCAAAAACUCCACUUCUACUUAAACUCACUUUAUAAUGCCUUAGAAUUCUUUGCCUAUAGGCACCUGACAUGUAUAUAUGUUCCUGUGUAUAUAGUGGACAUAUAGGCAAUUUCUGGCAUUGUAACAUUGCUUCAUUUUGUUUUUGAUACAGUAAUAUUAAUGAUGGGUAUAUUUUCAGACACUUCUUUUUGUAUCCAAACAUUUAUUAGAAUAUACAUUGAAUACAGGUGAUACUUUUAGGACUUCUUUUUCAAAAACCUAGUAAGUUUGAAAAGAACAUUUGUUUGGGUUAUUCACUAAAGUGAGAAUUGUUCGGUAUUUAAAGUGAAUUUCAAUUUUAAGGUCACAGCAGCUGAACUGGAAGCUUAGGUGACUAGGAACAUUUUUACACUUUAAGGAACACUAUAGCCUUAGGAAUACAAAACGGUGUUCCUUAUGCUAUAGUCUGCUCUGUCUAUAAUUUGUUAAGCCCCCCUCCCCGCGGGCACUUACCUGUUUCCAGCGCCAAGGUCCCUUGGUGCUGCACCGAUGUGGGAACCUAACCCCGUCAAUGCUUUCCUAUGAGGAAUUAUGUGUCACGGAGUUAAAGUGUUUGAACCAGGAAGGGCCUUACAGCCACUAUGGGUUGUCUUAAAGGACCACUAUAGUGACAGGAAAACAAACUCGUUUUUCUGGCUCUAUAGGGUCUUUAGGUCCCCCCCACCCUCAGGGUCCCACUCUCGAUGGGCUCUAGGGGGGAGGAAGGGGUUAAACGCUUACCUUUCUCAAGCACCAGGCUCCCUCGGUGCUGGGGACUCUCCUCCCUCUUCCGACGUCAACCACUGAAAGAGCAUGCGUGGCAUGAGCCACGAGCGCAUUCAGUCAGUCCAUAGGAAAGCAACACGGAAGCGCCUCUAGCGGUAGUUAGUGAGACAGCCACUAGAGACUGGAUUAACCCUAGUGUAAACAUAGCAGUUUCUCUGAAACUGCUAUGUUUACAGCUGCAGGGUUAACCCUAGAUGGACCUGGCACCCAGACCACUUCAUUGAGCUUAAGUGGUCUGGGUGCCUAUAGUGGUCCUUUAACCCUGCAAUAUAAACAUUGCAGUUUCUCUGAAACUGUCCAGGGUUAAGGGGACAGCUACACUUCAUCCAGACCACUUCAAUGAGAUGAAGUGUUCUGGUACCUAUAGUGUCUCUUUAAAUUUGACAUUUUCUUUGAAUACUCACUGUAGUAAUUAACCCUGCUUGAUAAAUAAAAUUCAUUGCAUAUACAUCCCAUGUUGGAGUUUCGAUAGUGCCCUGUAGAUGUCAGGCUUACUCUAUUUGUUGCCUUGCUCCCUUGCUCCCUGUCCCUUAGGGACACUAUAAUUACCUGAACCACUAAAGCUUAAUAGAGUGAUUCUGGAGUCUAUAGCUCUCCCUACAGCCUGAAAGAAAAGUAGUGUUUGCAUUGCUGGCUAGUUGCAUCUCUAGUGGCCAUCAUUUAGAUGGCCACUAGAGGUGCUUCAUGUGUUUGACUUUCAUCAUCUCCACAUUCUUCACGGAAGCGCCAAACAUUCCCCAUAGAGGAGAUGCCGAUUGAUGCAGUGAAGCAUUUUGCUGCGCAUGGGCAAUAGUCUCCCAAUGCUCUCCUAUGGAAAAGUAUUAGAUUGGCUGAGAUCAUCAGGAUUGAUUAUCUCAGCUACAAAGGCGGAGCCAGCCACGGUGAGACCGGUGCGGAUUGUGAGUUGUAAUCCUGACUAUAUCAUGCUCCUUUAAUAAGCCUAUGUAAGAUUGCUGGUGUUGUUAUAAAAAGGAUAUUUAUUUUGGCACUAGACAGACAUAAUCUCUGUGAUAGUAAUCUGAAAUGUCAAUUAUUCAUGUCAUUUUGUCUUGCUUGUGACAACACCACACAGAACAGGUUUGUGCAAAUUUUCAAAGAACAAAGUACAUGUUUGUGAUGUUCCAGUGUUGGCAACAACCCAAAACACAGGUUAAUAUUAAGUUUAUGUAUUUUUUUGAUGUUUAAAAAUAGAUACAACUCUACAAAACAGAAUAAUGGCAAUUGUCAUGGAUCUAAGUUUGAGAGAUUCUUCAGAAGGUUCAUCCAAAAAGUUUCAAAAGUUUUUACAAAAUGGUUCAAAUUUUUCCUGACUGGAAAAAAACAAAACAUUAAUUAAAUCUGUCACUGGAUUAAAACGUUGCCAUUAGUUUCAUUUUAUUAAUUAUAAAUUCUAGUAUGUGAAAAAUAUAUUGUGCCCAAUUUUUAAAAGGCGUAUAUUGCCUGGAGAAACAUAUAUCUAAGUAAUGAUUUUCAUUUAUUUAUUGUUCUUAUUGAAACUAAUACUUUUGUUUGCUGUAGGUGAAAUCUGUUUUUAAUAUUUCUAAAUGGUGCAUCUUGGGUCCUUUUAACAGUCUCUUUACCAACAAAUCAAAAGAUAGUUGUUUGCAUUGUCCUUGUAUAUAUUUGUGUUAUAUUAUCCUAUCCUUUCAUUACAUUUCUUGCAGGAGAUCGACUCAUUGACUUACUAGACUCUCGUCGCUCAGAUAAAGAGGCUGCCAUGUUUGUGAAGCUACGCAGACAAAGGGCUCGGCAAUAUGUGAAGUGUGAGCGGUGACCAUUGUGCUGCGUUACGGACAUACUGAGAUAUUUCCCAAACUAAAGCAGGAGUCAACAUGAAUCAAUAUUGAGGAAAGACUGCAAACACAGUGUUUUUUCCAUUGCAAAAGACAUUGAACAAGUAACGGUAAUGAAAUAGGAGAAAAACAGUUUGCAUGGCUGAGGAGACCUCUACCCACAAACAAUGUUAGAACGCUUAUUUUAAAAUAAUUUAUAUGGAAUUCUGACACUUCAUGAUAACCUAACACUUAAAAACAACACUUUAAAAUAUAGAUAAUUGUAGAGAUGUUUGCAUAGCCACCAAGCUUUAGUGAACCCAAGCUGUUGCUGUCAAGUAGUGUCACUUGCUUUUUGAUAGAACCUCAGGAUUCAAUAAGUUAAAUUGACAACAUCCCAUAGUACAGUAAUGUUGAUAAUGUGUGUUUAAAUUUAAUUAGAAUGUAGCAGUAGUAGCUCCUUAAUGCAUCCUAAGAUGAGUCCAUCCUUAAAUGGAAAUCGUAUUCUGUGUCCCUCAGAAGAAGUUCACUGGAGUUCACUCAGGCUGGAAUAAAGACAAUUUAUGGAUUAGAAAGAUACAUACAAUACCUGAAAGCCUAACAUGAAGGAGAUGUAACCUUCAAUAUCACUUAAAAAAAAUAAGGGAAUUUGAGAUUGACAAAAAGUUCUUCCAAACGUAGAUGGAGCAGCUAACUAAACUAAUACAAUUUAAAUGCCAUGUAAAACAUAUUAUAAAAGCUGUCCUAGGAUAAGGUAGAAUCUGACAUUUAACAUUCACAGGAGGAAAUCUACUAUAUUUUUUUUAUAUAUGUAGCCCCUUGUAAACUUCCAAUUACCAGGUUAAAAAUUUGCAGAGAGCUGUCUAUGAAAGCGCUUGUUCAUUAUAAAUUGUUGCGUUGUAUGUUCAACUCCAAUGGACACAGCUGAGUUCCAACUAAUGAAGAAUAUGGGAUAGACUGGCUGAAUGAAAGAUGCACGGAAGCGGUGGAGCAGUGGCAUUUCGUCUGAUAUCUCAUGGAAGGACAAACUUCCUGCAUCCCAGUCUAGGAACACACCAAGUCUCUCUUGCUGGCCUACUGCAACCAAGACUCUCUGUCCAUCAUGCCAAGCACAGCAGCGGGAGCUACUCCACUCUAAGCACCAGGAAUGUGAAUUUCUCCCAGCCAGGCAAUGACUUUGGUGCCCUUUACGUGAAAUCCCGUGAUAUGAAACUCCCAAGCUCACACGGCUUCCAGAGAGAUGGACUUCCCAAUAAUGUCGGCCUUGGCCUAAUGGCUCCCGUCCCAGAACCUGGGUGUAGUGGUCAAAGCGUCCAGGGUGUUCGGGAUAGGCCUGAGGCUGCAAUUUGCACAAAACUCUGCGGUUCCCUUGCAUCAGAGAUAGAUUGUGAUGAGCAGUUUCUGGGUCCAGACUGAUGUCCUGUAGAUCUAGACGUGUAAUGACCACACAAUCAGGUUAGUGUAAAUAUAGGAGUGAUACUGGAGCAGGUGGGAAAAUUCAUAGAAAGGUAAAGACAGAAAAAGAGAGGAUGUAAAUAUAUGAUCUCUUACAUUGAAGAAAGUCAGCCCGUACCCUUGGGAUAAGUGGCAUUAAGGGGCUCCUCCACAGUUCCGUAGAUGGUGGUAGACAGCUGGCACGUGUGGUCCACACUAAGGAGUAUAGUAAAGUAAAACCUAAGAUCGAAGACUAUUCUUUUUAGGAUUUAAUCUCCAUUAUAUACACUUGGAAAACCUCUCCAAAUGUUCAUUGUAAUAGUAAAAUAAUAACACAUGAAUAAUACAAUUCAUUGUAAAGUUUGCCUUUCCAAGUAAUACCCAGAGUCGACAUCAAUCAAAUAUCCUUUACCAUCAUAUCUCUAGUAUUGUCCAUGAUACAUAAAACUUAGCUAACAUUACAGUCUUCCCAAACCUAGUUAACCAAAUCUUUCAUUUUCACAACCAUAACGUAGGCUGAAGGUCCCUGAAUUACCUUGCUGCGCCAUUUGUCCCAUGUGGUCGGCACAUAACUUGACCAGACUCUCUUUAAAUUUGGAGACAGCCAUAGGAAGUCUAUCCCAAACCUGUUCUUCCUCACUUGACAUUUCCAACUCCUAAAAAAAAACAAAUACAGUAAAGCACUCAUAAACAAUGUUUCCAGAAAUAAUUCCUUAAGUUUUUUUGUUUUUGUUUUUUUUUCCUAGUUGAAGAUCGUCCAGAAGUAAUCUGCUGGAGUGGAUAACUAGUUUCCAAUGUAGAAUAAACAGAAGGCUCAAAGAUAAACAGACUCAGACUAGAUUUAGACUUUUAAAACAGAUGGAAAAUGUAGACUUCCUUAAGUGGAAAAACCAUUGCAUCCAUUGCAGUAUGUGUGGUUUCUUAGUGUCCAUGUUGGGCAUGUUACUCUGGCACUCAACUCCGGUCUGGAUAUCCCGUAAUGUACACUAAGCCAUAGACUUGAUUGCAAGUGUUACACAUGGGUUAAGCAAUCUAGAUAGGACCAUGCUACACCAGUUCCAUCCCGCUACAGUGUCUUGAAUCAAUUGUUUAUUUCAGGGUUAGUUACUAAGUAAACAUUUAAAGUGAAGUUAAAGUAAAUUUUAAAUUGAAAGUCAAAAUAACCAAACUGGAAAUACCUCUAAGUCAGCUAUACUUUCAAUUCGGCUAUUCGGCCUUAAAACUGAACUUCACUUUGAAUUCUCCCUUUAGUAAAUAACCCAGUCUGUGUUUAGUGGUUAGUGUUUUAGAGAGACUUUUAGCAGAGCCAUUUGUGCAUUGUGCCACUAGUAUUGUACAUAGGGACGAUUGGUAUGUAGAUCUAGUCCUGAGUGAUGUUUUUUAAUACGACUGUUAAGGAAAGAGAUACCCACCAAUGACAUUAGUGGUUCCUGUUGCCCAUCUGGUACUAACUGGGCAUUGUGCCUUGUUUCCAUAGUGAGUCCAUCUUCCACUGCCUCUCUUCCUACUUGUUCCAAAACUCCGCUCUCUGAUUGGUCCAUUAAUUGGAGUAGUCUGAACCCGGAGGACUGCAGAAUUCGCACCAUGUCACAAAAUGCCUGGCUCACAGCCCUGCGCUGUCUAGGCAAUGAGCCCUGAGGGGUACGAAACAAAGAAGCCAGUCAAAGGUCACAUAAGAAUAACUAACAAUGAACAAUGCAGUUAACGGUCAUAUAAUGCACAACUGUUCAUUUAAUGCAGGAUAUCUAAUUUAUUGAUUAUUUUUGCAUUAUUAUAUUGAGAGCUUUAUAUAUUUGGAAAUGUAUAUAGCAUGUUUAAAUAAAUUGAAAAUAUAUCACUAGAAAUGAGUUUUUUGUGGG